GGACAUGAUAAGCUCUAUUUCUGUCUGUCGCUCCUCUUACUGGAUUGGUGUUGUUUUGCUGAGAGUUAUUUGUACACUGUCUAUUUUGAUUGUCAAUGCUUUUAAUGUUUGGUAUUUGUGUUUUUAUGCACACGAGGAGAAUAAUGAAAGAAUGAAAGAAAGUAUCAUGAAUGUUGACUGCAUGUGUCUGCCUGUAUAGUUAUUAUUGCAACACAGACAGUUUCAUAAUUAAUGUGUUUAGCCAACAGAAAUGUAGUUUUAAUCAGGUGAACACAUAGCCAAAGUUGGCCCUCAGACAUUUACUACAAACUUUCUUCACAUAGCUUCAUUUGCACAGUGCUGCUUAUAUUUAAGAAUUGUACAAACAGACUACUGGGAAAUAAAGAGGCCCCAAAAUUCUUGAUUUGGUGGCAAAACCUGAGAUGUUUAAGGUCAGAGGAGCAAAACGACUCAUACCAAGGAUAUGGAUGCAAUGACUUUCCCACUUUUCCAGAGGGAAGUCAAGAAGCUUUAAAGGGAGGUCGGCCCUCUCCUGUUUCUACACAGGUAUUGUUGAAAACCGAGGAGGGGCGGUUUUCAAGAUGAACAGGCUCUCUCCCCAGCAGACUAACUAAACAAAAACUAUUAUAUGCAAAUGCUACCCGACGUUUGUCUGUUUACUCCUGUGAGCUAAAGUCUAGUGUUCAGCAGCCUUAGUUACGCUUGAAAACUCUGAAAAUCGAGCAAAAGACGCCGGAACAGCUUGAGUAAAGCGGCCCCAAGUGUCUUUAAUGAUGGCUGUUGCAUUGGCCGGCUACACCGGUACGGAGGUCACCACCAGGACGGCCCGGUGCAGCUGUGUAUGCUGCUUUUCUCCAGCCGUCCUCAUUUAAGUUUUGUUCAAACGACAGUUUUCUUACCUUGUCACGUUCGGAAUUUUUCCGGUAAGUUGGGUCCACAAGUUCAUCAGGCAAACGUUACAGAAAGCGGAGAAAAAGCCACACACGACAAUCCAGACGGUUCAGAGGUGAUUCAACCGACUGGUUGGUCCGGGCGGCUCGUGAUGUCAUCGCUUUACUCCAGCAGGUAAUGCGCAUGCGCCAUCUUUUUGCUAACGUUCUAUUGCUGUUGUACUGCGGACGUAAAUAAUAUUAUUUAACAACAAUUACAACAACAACAACAAUAAUAAUAACAAUAAUAAUAAUAAUAAUAAUAAUAAUAAUAAUAAUAAUUAAUAAUAAUAAUAAUAAUAAUGAUAAUUAUUAUUAUGAUUAUUAUUAUUAUAUAUGCCGUAUGAACUAAAAGCUAAACAGGUAUAAAUAUUCAAGUUAUGUCAAAUGCACCCUCAGUGACUUUAGCCCCACUUACAGGUCCUGUAAGUUACAGUUCGUUAAUUUUUUCCUGUAAAUUCUACCAAACCUGUUUUCAAUAUGCUGUGUUCACUGUGCUGCAAUAACCAUACCUACAAGACUCAACCUUUAAGUUUCAUGCACAAUCCAAAAGAAAGAAAAGUGUCUUCACAGUCCCUCUCCACAACUGCAGUGUACUGUUUUUAUUCAUUUGUGUUCACAGACAGUGAAAAAAUAGCACACUCUCGGCAAACAUAUAGUCAAACAUGUGGGUGAGCCAAGCUCAGGCUUUUGGAUCUUAGCUGGGUUAAGGUCCAGAGGUUGUCACUGUAGAACUUAUUUGAAUGUGACAUAGAGUUACAAAAGUUAGAUGGUUAAUGGCAAGGGCACCAUUGCACCUCAGAAAAAGUAUUGACAGAGGAAAUAACUUGAUUCACUACUGAAUAUCAACAAAAAGUCUAAAUGGAUUCAUUAUCCAGUAUGUUGAUACAGUAAGGGUGAGACAGAUGAUGCUAUGGAAUUUGAUCAAAUACAUUUUUUUACACUGUGAACACAAAAAGUUUAAAAAGACAGUUUUUCCACACUGUUACUGACUGUAAGAAGAAACCUUAAAACUCCCUAAAACUUUGAGGAAUAUCUGAUUAUCGCUCAAGGGGUGGACUACAUUGUGAGUCAUGAGAGCAUUUAAGGAUGGUCCUUUGGUGCUCUCUGGUGGUACAGAGGUAAUUUGCUGAAAGUGAGCUAUGAGUUAACCCACAGCAAUGAUUUUUCCUUUUUUGAUUCUGUCUGUCACUGGGUUUAUGAUUCCUGUACCCGGAGUCUCCACAGUAACAGUUCAUGGAGCUGCCUCUGCUUUUGAAUAGGAGGAACAAGCUGGUGUAAAGGUUGCUUAAUAUACAGACACACAAUAAGUGUUACCCAUCAGGAGAUUAUUGAUGAUAAAUGGUUCCAUAACUGUAGUCAACAACUAUCCAGUUUAUGUUAAUCUGAUACUCUGUUUGGUGAUUUGUCACUAAAAAUAAAACAGGACAUUUGCUUUAUGGCUAUUCAAUCUUCAAGGAGGUAUCUUUGAAGCAAGGCACCAUGAUGGCCCUCUGUCCAAAAAAUCAAACAGAUCAAAUCAAUUGACCUGCAACACUUGAAGAAAAAAAUGCCAAAUUGCAAAAAGAUUUGAACAGACUGGAUUAUUAGGACUGUUUGAAAUUGAUAUCGGUCAUAUUAAUUUCUGUUGUUUAAAAAAAAAGUUUUAAAAGGAACUUCAUUCUUGACAUUGUUUGAAUUAUUUUUUUGGCCUUGAAUUGCAUUUUUUUUGUGUGUUAAAUACUUGUCUAACUGACAGCCUUAAAGUUUCUUCUUGUGUUCCAGCUUUCUGUAGAUCCUAACAUUUUCCAUGGCAAAGAAAAAAUCCCUAUGCCGCGACCAGGUCAGCUCGAUAGAUCUGGCUUAUGGAAAGACUUUCGUAACCAGUUUAAAUGCUAUGUUAGGGCUAACCUCAGGACUGAAAAGACCAUGGCUGUCCAACUUAGAUUUAACCUGAUUGGUACAGCUUGAUGGAGCUACCAGAACAUUGCAGAAGAAAGAGAGGCUGCAUAUGGGCUGUGCUCAGAGGAUGCUGCAGCCAUUAGCAUUAGGCUUUGCACAAAACCAUACAAAUUAUAUAUAUGAGAAAUUCUUCAUCAUCUGUGCUGACCGCAGUGAAACAGAGCAAGACGAGGAGAGUGGAGAUCUUCACCAAUGCCCUGGGGGAUGCUAGUUGGUUCAAAAGCUCCUGGAGGCGCAACCUCAAAUUCUGGCAAGAGUUUAUGAGAUUGCACACAGGUAUGAGACCAUAAGAGCUAUAACCAUUUUGUGUGUUCAGAGGGGGUGUAGCUAUGCAUUAGCCACAGCACAUGAACUCUAUUGUGCAGCUGUGUAUGAAAUGAUUGAGAAUUGUAUAGAAUUAUUGGAGCUGAAGCUCGUCCAAAUGUUCACCAGGUGAGAUAAAAAGCCCACACUGGUCUGUUUCAUCAGCUGGAUUUUAGAACAGCUCAGUACAGCCCAAAAGACUGACCUUGUUUUGCACCAGUGUUGGAUUGGAUGGAAAAUAAGAACACAAGACCACCAUGGGCUGCCUUGUUGGCUUGUAGCCCUGCCACCAAAGCAAACUGGGGGUUAUGGAAAAGAUUGUUUCAGAGAGAUGAGGAGCUAUUGAGAGACUUCUACAAUACUAAAGGUAAGGUGCACCAUACAUGCAGAUCUUACUGACACACAUUCUGCAAAGCACUGAUGGAGCAGAUGCAUGAUGGUCCACUUUGGAGCAGAGAAAACUCUAGAACCUGGUACAACAUGAGGGAGGAUGUCACUCUGUGGUGUCCAGCAAAUGGACCACCCUGCCAUUCAACAGUGACCUCUUCUUGGAGUGUUUGCAGGGCACCUGGCAUAUUUAAAGGCUGGGUUUGUCUGUAAGCAGAGUGAAGAAUGUUCAGACAACUUGGUAAAAAGUUAUAAAAAAGAAAAAAAAAGAAGAUUUUGUGUCAUUUUGAUCACUAUGUAAGUGGUGUUAUGGUUACCAGUACCACUAUUAGCCAUUAAAAUAUAAGGUGAGUUACUAGUGGCUUUUAGAAUCAUUUGGUUAUGGGUUGACACCUAACAUUGAGACUUCAGUGAGUAUACCCAGGGCUACUGUGUAACUUUUCUCUCUGCAAAAUAACCAGGGGGUAAGCUCAGCACUUUUGGCUUUACUACUCUGACCAGGUUUUCCUUCCAGAAUUGUGUGCAUAUUUUUUAUUUGACAUCUUAUUAAUGCACUGGAGUGAGUAAUGUGUGGUAUUUGACAUUUUCGCCAUAACCCCUUCCCCUCUUUUACCACAAGAUGGCGUGUAUGGGUCUGUCUGGAUGGGAUGAGCUGAUAUGGAGAAUGUUUGGUCUGGUAAAUCCUAAACUUACUUUAUUGAUAUUUUUCUUAUGCUGGAGUGAUAUUAUAUUUAAUUAUCAUCCAGAGUGGGGGGCAUGUUGUUAACUGAGUCUGUCCCUUUAAAAAGGGGGCCUUUGGGUGUUGGAGUUGUAGGAGAUGUUGUGUUGUAAAGGAACCAAAGCAAAAUAUAUAUGAAACUAAUCUUUUACUUGAACUUUACUUUCAGCUACUUUUUAACUUUAAAUUGUUUAUUUCAUUUUCUGUAAAAAUAAUAUUUUGAUGCUUUUGUUUAAGCCAUUUGUUUGCAAUUCCUCAUGCUAUCCUUUAUACUGUCUUUGAUCACACUUACUUUAUUUAUUUACUUCUUUAUUCAGUUAUUUUUGGUUGGUUUAUUUGUACUUCACAGGCCCUUAUCUUCUAAUCUGUUUUUAUUCUGAUGUGCUGUUGUCUACCUUUUUCCUUUCCUUAUUUCCCUUUUCUUUUUCUUUUCCUCUCUUCUUUAUUGCCUACUCUAUGACUGAUGAUUAAUCUCUCCUUUGCUGUCAUUGUUGUCACUUACUCUGGUUUGUCUUUUAAAGCAUUUUGUAAACUUCUGUUUUUAAGAAAGGUGCUAUAUAAAUAAACUUAUUUUUAUUGUUAUUCUUCUUAUUAUUACUUGUAUUAUUUCGAAAGGGGCUCUGGUAAAAAAAAGACUCAAACAAUAAAUAAGAAUAAUUAUAUCAAAUAAUUUAGUUGUAAAAGAUAGUACCGUUUUAAGAAGCGAUCGUUGUAAAAAUCAGUCGUAGGUAAAGUAGUGCCGUGAAACGUGACGCCACAUUCUUCACAUUCUACGUUGACGUGACGCCCCGACCACUGCGGAGUAGCCCCGCCCCUCCCACCGUCAACAACUGGAUUCCAGCUAUUUGUAUUUUCGUCAACUAGCACUGCUAGCUCGCUAACGAUGAUUCAUUGCGAUGGCAGAGAAAUGACCUAACCAUUUUCAAUGGAUGCUUACUUGCGUUUUUUCGUUUAAAACACACUCCACCGAUUGCUUGUGCCGAUGUGUAGCCAAUGCAAGCCAAAGGACCGUCAAGAGCGGAAAAAUCGCACUGCAUACCGUCCUUUAGCCGCCUCUGAAAGCAGCUAACGCAGCUAACACCUUCCGUUGGCUGGCUGGCUGACAGCUGGUCCAGUUAGCUACGUGCCUUCGACAGAAACGUAGCAAAGAUUUACUCCCUGAAACAAUGAAUUGUCUCUGACAUUGGUGAGUACAGUUUACAUAACAUGUCACAGCAAUACCGUGUCAUUAUCUGUUACAUGUUUUUUUACUUGCUUUAGCGGCGCUUUUCGAGUAAAAGUGACUUGCUAACCAUCGGCUUGUUUGUAGCAGCAGCUGCACAGAGCCACGCCUGGGCCAUUUAAAUGAACGCUGAUGACAUUAUGUGUUAUAUUGGUUGUCAGCUAUAUCACAAUGCGCAGUUGGGCGGUGUUUAAAGUAAUUUCACUUUCUGCAAUUUCUGCUUUCACUGUGAUGCAGAGGGGACUGAGGCCCAGUUGGUUGUCACAUUGGAGUAACCAGAGCCCAUAACUAGAGAGGUGGGCCUCGGUUGUCUCUACGGUGGUGACAUAGAAGACAAGUUGGUGAGCCGCGAGUUAACCUGCUGAUGCACCCCCAGUUCUGACCUGCAAGAGCUGCCAUUAUGAUGCCGGUAAGUGCUUUAAUUCUUUGCUGUUUGUACAAUAGAGGAGUCACUGGCUCUCUAUUUAAAUCUCUAAUGUUGCUCUCCAGACUGUGGAUGAAGUCAUGCUACAUCAAGGUGCUGCUUUUUGUUUUUCUUUUCUGGUCCACAUGAGAUUUACGUUUACAUUAGCAUCACGAGGAACACAGUUUAAUCUCCAGACUGUCACUGAUCACCUAGGUCAAAAGUUCAAACACUUGGACUGUUAAGUUUCCCACUUCACAGCAGAAACUAGUCUGGUAAUAAAAAGCUUAACUUAAACUGCAAUGGUUUUACAUGUAGUACAGUACAUCCUCUGCUAUUCAUAGUUGCAGGAUUUAGAUCAUGGAUCGAUCAUGUUGAUUUAAAGCACUAAAGAAGUAUCAGAAGGUCUCACAAAGCCUUAAAAUAUAUUUAGGUCAGUGUCCUAGAAAUGAUCCUUCAUAGAAAAACCCUAUUACUAAAAUUCUCUAAAUAAAUUUAUUACACACUACUAUACAUUUUUCGUGGAAAUUUAAUUCCCCCUAAGUCUCAAAAACUAUUAUGUAUCCUCUUUAAUUUGUAAGGGACCAUCUUCUUUCAGCCAAAACUUAUCUGUAUUUAAAAGGUUUUUAAAUAAGGAGUUUAUUUAAUCUAAGCCCCUUUCAAACACACUACUAAAGAAUUGCCAACAGUUUUAAACAAUAGUAUGUCAAGACAGACUAGGAGUAUUAGAUAAAAGUCAUACAAAGCAUACAACAAACAACAGGUACAAAAAAAGCUGAAACAAAAAAGGUUUAGGCAUUUAAAUCAAACUCAACAGUUCAUAUCAGAGCUCUCCCAAGGAGACAUAAAAAAAGAAUAAAAUUACUGUAUUUAGAAUAAGGCCCAUUUUGCCUGUAAUGAUAAAUCUGUCUUUUAAAAUGAUGGAACGAUAUGAAACUUUUCUUUAAAGCAGAAGGUAGGUUUGAAGACUUGAAAUAAUGUGGUUCUGUUUUGACUCGAAUAACAUCGUGUGUUGUGAAGAGUUGCACACCUGAACCCCUCUUGCAGCUGAGCUUUGUUGGGACCUCUUUUGUUAUCUCUAGUGCUGAGAGUGCAGUAAUGGAUUAUGGGAAAGGUGAUUACAGUCUUUUUUAGCCUUCAGGGAGGGGCACUCUUACAUGGGAAAGGUUUACUGUAAGUUCAGUUAAGCGUCAUAGAUGACAGAAUCUAUUUUUGCCUCCAAAUGUUAGUGAGUAAGUGGAAAUACAGCAUCAUGUCUUCAUUUCAAACAGCUUUACACUUCAGCCUCAGAGAGGCUAUUAAAGACUCAUGAGUACGCCGUUAUGGAGAAUUAUCGGAGCACUGGCAGGAUUGACUGUGAUGGGGGCUUCAGUGAAUGUUUGUACCCUGUGGCACCAACAUGCUAUCAGAGUCAAAGAGCCAGUGGAGCAGAGAGGCAGCGGCCCUGCACUUGGGUCUCGCGUGACUCCGGCGGCCAAUGAGACCGUGGCAGAUCUAGGUCUGUGUGGCUGCAUCGACUAAUGCUCUGUUGUUAAGGGGAACUUUUGAGCUGAGUAGAUUGUCAAGUGGAAUUAAUCUCACACAGUGGCGCUGAGCACAGUGUGACUUACAGGACAUGUAAACAUUGAUUCUCACUGCUAUUUAGAUCAGUUUUUGAAUAAUGCCAGUGAAACCACAGGAGUGGUAUCAUAAAACACCUUUUGUUAAACAUCUACAUUUUUAAACCGGCACUAGUUUGUCUGGUAGAAAUUUUCCCCAAACAUACUUUUAACAGAUGGAAAUAGUUAUUUUGUCAUUUACUGAGCAACUUCCAGGACUGCUAGGUCUCCUUUUGUGAAUCAGUGAAGAAGUAUACAUUAUUGAUUAGAUUUUAAUGCUGCAUAUUAGUCAGCCGUCAGUCAAAGGAGAACGUCCUUUUUUAAGAGGAGUAUUUCUCUAAACCUUUUUAAAAGUGAGAACAAGAAAUUCUCAGAUCGAAAUGUGAAGUAUCAAUGAUUUUAUUUCUUACAGAGUUGCCAGACAUAUAAGCUGGGCUAGAUUAGUCUCUAAGAGCAGAGUCAGUGGAGUCUUAAGUUGGCUUAUAUCCAGCUUAAUAACAGAGAACAUCUUUUUAGGAUUUCUAUUUAAACCUUACAUUGAUGUGCACACCAGCUUAAGGAAAGAUUAUCUUAUGCAUAUAUGGCAGAAAAUGGUGUUAUUUCUCAGUGAUUUAGUUUAAAUGAUCAUGUAAUUACCUCAUCCUCUCUCCAUAUGGUUCAGUGCCGUUUUAGCCAGGAGACAGGCAGUAUUUGGCGUUGUCUGUCUGCAUGGAAUAUCUAGAUUACAAGUUAUUAUCAAGCGAAAGGUUUUUUUUUUUGGCUUUAGCUGUUUUUGUCAGACUAGAUUAUGAAAAGUACCAAAUGCUGAUCAUAUUAUUACAUUAAAAUACCCUAGUUUUUUCCCCCAAACACAUUUAGGGAUGCAUUUGUAAUGAUUGUAUUGUUCAUUGUGUUUUAACCUGGGUGGAUGAGGUGGGACUUGAAUUGUCUCUUAGCUGUGUGUUGACGUAUUUUUCUGCGCAGUCUUCUUUGCUUUCCUCUCGUCUCAUCUUAAUAAUAUGAGUAAAAAAGAGACAGGAUUUUUGAGAAGAAAUGACUUAGCAGGAGAUCACGUCUGUUCGGCAUCCUUCCUUCUAGAGACCUUAGAAGUAAAAUGAUACAUGCAUCCUCACACAGUGCCCGGUGAAGCAGUUUAAGAGGGAUACUGAAGAUUACUUUUAAUCUACAGCCACCAUGCAGUAUAAGAUCACUCUGCUGUAAAAAGCUGACCUCGGAGCUGUGGCCAAACUAUUCAAUUUAAAUCCUAAUGCUGUUAUGACUGUUCAUCAGCAGCAAAUCAUUAGUGUUGCAGACACUGGCACAGCCAAGGAGAGAUGAUUUUAAAAAGGCGGACUUGUCUGCACCCUCUUUCACCCACCAUCCCCUUUGGCUCUCUCUCUUCUCCUCUCUUUCUCUUACUGUUUGUCUCUUUCUACCCCCCCCCCCCCCCCCUUCUCUGAAUUAUACUCACACACACAUACAGACAGACACACACACACUGAGUGUUUUUUCCUCCCAAGUCUCCUCUGCAGCACUCUUUCCAAUGUGCGCAACGCUGCUGGUUUCCGAGAUCUGCUCUGGAUGGCAUAACAAUCAAGUCUCAUGUCUGCAAAAGCGGCUGUGCUAGGAUGAAGAGGUUUGUGACUAUAGUGUUGCGCGGCCUCGUUAGCCUCUCCAAGGAAAACCCCAUCUGGGCAAAGGAGCAUCACCAGCCGCCAAAGAAGGAGAUCAGGAGGAAACGGAGGGCAGUCAAAAGAGCCAGGAACAUGGGCAGACGCAACUUAGUGAGGGCGGUUGGUAUUUCUCCAGUGGUCAGUCAGCCAGAUGACUGAAGAUUUCUGUUUCCUAUUAUUUGGUCGUCCCUGUUCUGAGGUUGGAUGUUUUGAGUAUUUGGCAGUGAUGUCUUAUUAGGCCUAAGUUUGCACCUGUGAGGUGUCUAAUUGUGUGCCUGCGUUAUUUAGCUUCGUCCUAAAGAUAUUCACCUUGUUUGUCUUUUUUUCUCUCUGUUGUAAGGUUUAUUUUUUAAUGAAGAUAAACUGUUUUACUUUUCUAUGUACCUAGGAUGUUUCAUGAACCUCUUUGUAUUUCUAACAAGUCAAAGUUUGAAUGACAAAUUUGUAAAUAAGAAUGAACAGUCUAUCUCUUGGAACGGAUCAGAAUAGUGCCAUCAUCCAUGUCUACUAUAUAUUCAAACUGCUGAUGCUGGUCUCACCAGGCUGAUGUUCACUCUUUUCCUCUCUCUCUCUAGUGUGUUUAAUCUUAUGCAGCUGGUAGCACCUCAGCAACUCUGCGAAUACGAAAAGUAAUCACAUAUCAGUAAAGUGUGAACGCUACUAGUCUCAAGAUUCCUUCUCUGCUCUUUCCUAUUAGCUCCCUGAAAUGACAUUUAUUACUGCUCUAUCUGGACAUUUGGUCCAUGGGGAAACAAUAGAGAAUGAUAGAUUGACAGUGUGAGGAAAAUUACCGCCUGAAAAUAAUCCUCCUGUCUCUUGUACUGCUGCCAUUUCAUCAACAUGCAUGGUGUCUGAAUUGACCAUAAUAUGAGGCUCAUAAUAAGCUGGAUAAAGUCACAGAUGCUCCUGAGUGAUCAUAUUGUGUCAGUCAUGCUGCUGCAGAAAAUGUCAAUGAAUCACACAGUUAUUACAAUAGAUGAGUCACUUUGUCUCGCACAAACUCUCAGAGUAAUAAUGUGUAGGUUGUUCAGUGUCUAAACUUAGAUUUUAAUGACAGUGGAAAACACUUAUUUGUUACAGUUAUUGCUGUGCUUUAAACACACCCUGAGGCUACAGAGACAUUGAAUUACCUACUCAAUGAUGCAUGAGUUAAAUACCUGAAUUGCAGCUUGUGCGUUUUUUUUAUUUAACCCAUUAAGCAGAGUUUACUAUGUAAUCUGCUUGAUGUAGUCCUAGAUGGAGGUUUUGAGUCUCUUUUUUAUUAAUUCUUCACACAUUUUGUUUGUCAUUGUGAGCCACAUGAAAAAUGUUGGUUCAGACUGCAAGAUACAAAUCUGUAUCAAUUACAGUCCCACUCCUAUCUUUUUUUUUUCACUACUUUAAGUAUUAUCAUUGUUCUUUAAACUGUGAUAUUGAGUUUUUGUCAAAAUCACAUUACCUGUGUCAUUUUCAAGGGCUGUUCUUCUGUAGAGCUCCAGUAGCUCAUUAGCAAUUCGCCUCUGAGUCAUGGGUGGAGACAACGCUGCUCUGCACUCCCCUUUUCAUGCUAGCUUGCAGCCUAACAUUGCUGGUGCACUAAAAGUGGCAGGUAACAAAGGAGAUAUUCAGCUCUCAGACACUACUGUCUUUGGUGACAUGAUAAAAGCUAAUAUCAUUAUUAGCUUUCUACUAGCAUUGCAAUCCGCUAACGCACACGCUUGUUCCGCGAUUGUCCUCUCUACUUCUCUAAGUCUGGCCUGCAUAGCUGUGUUCUGGGGGCGGAGCUUGCAGUUGUGACAUAGAAAAUCUCUCUGUGUCUGAGCCUGCAGUUUGGGUUUGCCAGGGAUUCACAGCAGAUACAAUCAGAAAAGCAGUUUCGCAUUUAUUUUUCUCAUGAUAUGUCCUGUAGCAUCAGAAAAAUGCCAUAUAAACAUGUAGACAACAAGAAAAUGUGAUAUUUAUCAGAGUGGGCCUUUAAAGUGUUGAUUAUUUAGUUUUCUUAGUUUUUUGUCAUUUUUUAAAACCCUCUCUUCUGUCUUUACUUUUUAUUUCACUUUUUUGAGUAUUUCUUCAGACUCUCGACUUUGCCAUUGACGCCUUGUUUUGGCCUUUCCGCUGCGCCUUAUUUGUGAACUUUCCAUAGUUCUACUUUCUCUGUAGGAAUGACACAAAGAAGUGAAGCCUGUCACAUGAAACAGGAAGGCACACCCCAUCCCCUAAAGUGCUCUGUGCCACAGGAAACAAAAAGUCUGCCACAGCAGAGAGCAAAACACAUCAUGAAGAUGUGCUGGAAAACGACACAUAUCUUUAAAAACUUGUAUUACACCGGAAAAGAAAUAGCUACUGUGGACCUUUUUAAAAAAGGAUUGAUGGAAAACUUUUAAACAUGAAUCAAACUGAAAAAGGGGGAUUGAGGGUGUGUCUUUCCUUUCAAUCAGUGUCCGUGUGUAUUUGUGAGCAGAGCAGUCAAGUCACCGUAAUCCUCGGCUCCCUUUAUCUCCUGUUUUUGUUUAUUUUUGAUUGGGUGCGGAUCAACGACAGAAACAGUUGUUAACAAAAAAGUGAGCUCUAAAUACAUGAAAUAAUCCCUCCAUCCAAAUGGUACCACUGAAACUUAAAGUAGAUGAGUUUGACCUCUCAAAUUAGAUAUUUAGCAAUGACUUAAUCGUCAUAGAUUUAUAUUAUCCAAUCCAAUCCACUUUUAUUUAUAGAGCACAUUUAAAAAACAAUCAAGUUUAGCAAUCAGGUGCUGCACAGUGCAGUAAAAUAAGUUAAAACACACAAAACAUCAAGAGCUGUCAGAGAAUAAAUAUAAUAAAAUAUUUUUUUUUAUAUAAAAACCACAUAAAACACUUUGGGGAAAAAAUAAUAAAGAAAUAAAAUGAAAUAAAAACAUUGUAAGAGCAAAUUAAAAAAAAAAAAAAAAAACAGAAAAAGAGACAUGAAAACCAGACUGGAAGGUCUCGAGAAUGCCACGCUCAUCUAAAAGUUGUAUGAGUUCAACUUGGAGAAUCUGGAUUUUUUUGUGAAGGGAAGUACUUGGGGUUCGUCCUGGCUCUAGAUGAGGCUGAGGUUAUAUCAUUCUCGCCUUGUAAACACGUCUGCAUACUUGUUCAAGCAAACACUUUUUGUAAGCAACAUAUUUUAGGAAUUUUGAUAACUGUAUGAAUGAAGAAAGAAAAGAAACUUUUAGAUCAAAUACUUCAUUUCAUGCAUUCUGGUUGUAUUUUUGUGCAUUCAUUUAUCAUAAAAAGUCUUGGCUGGAAUUUAAUUUUUCAGUUCCUUUUUAAAACAACAGCUUUUUUUUAGCUUGGACUGAUGCCAUAGACUCAGGGUGUUUGUCUGGUUGAUGUUUUUUUUUCAUAAUUCGAUCAGGCACAUAGAAAUCAGCACUAGGGAUGGGCGUUAUAGGCUAAAAAAAUUAUCACAAUAAGAUUUACCAUUCUGGCGAUAACGAUAAAAGUCCAGAUAAAAAUAUCAUAAUUCCAAUCUAUAUUCUUUGACUCAUUUUGUCCUGAGAACACCAGUUGGAGUUGUUCAAAUAAGAUACGUAACCACAAGUUUGAGUGGAAGGUUAUGGAGAAAACUAAUGACAUUAAACAAGUCUCAGAUGUGGAAACAUUUUCAGCAUUUGUUGAAAACUCUUAUUGCACGGAGUGAACAGCAGCAGAUCCACCAUCCGAUGUCAGGCAUAUCUGACUGCACUUGUCUAAGCCAGUGUUUCUCAAGUCCAGUCCUCGAGGCCCACUGUCCUGCAUGUUUUGGAUGUUUCCCUGCUCCAACACACCUGAUUCAAAUGAUGAGCUCGUUAUCAAGCUCUGUAAUGGCUUAAUAACGAGCUCAUCAUUUGAAUCAGGUGUGUUGGAGCAGGGAAACAUCCAAAACAUGCAGGACAGUGGGCCUCGAGGACUGGACUUGAGAAACACUGAUCUAAGCCUCAAUCUUGAAGGAAAUCCCUCAUGUGGAGCUUUGUUCAGUAACGAGCUGCUCAGAAACGUCUUCUUCAUUUCCUUCGGCCAUGUUUGUUUGUUAUUCUGCUCUAUGUGGGCUAUGGCUGCGAGUCACUUAAGUCAUCAACUUGCAUUUUUUGUAUUUAUCAUGAGAUGACAAAUAUUUAUCAUGAAAGAUUAUUCUAAUGAAAUAUCGUGAACGAUAAUUUAUCGCCCAUCCCUACCUGCUACAUAAACUCAGGGUUUUUGUCUGGUUGAUGUCUGUAUGUUUUUUCAUAAUUCAAUCAAGCACAUAGGCAUCAGCACUCUGUGUCAUAUUUGUGAUUUUGAUUAUUGAUCAUUCUGUUUGUUACUUGGCCUGAAGUUCAAUUGAAUAAAAAAUCCCUAAACUUAAUUUUAACACAAAUGUUGGCAAACAUUCAAGCUCAGUGUUUUCUUCUUAUACUUGGUUUGUGUUUGUUGACUUUUCAACUCAAUCUACUGUAUGAUUAUGUAAUUGGUUAUUAGAUCUUUGUAGUCAAACUGAAGCUGUGUGUGUAACAGUGUGUACAUCAGUCCAAAGUUUAAAUACUUGACUUUGCCUCAUCACCCCAUCACCUCGCCAGCUGGCUGAGAGGGUUGGACAGGAAAUGUUGUACAGUCUGAUAGCUGGCAGGUACAAAGGAGCGCCUGCAGCCCUCUGAACUUUCAGGUUAUUGCUAGAAUCUCUUCAGUCCUCUUCUUAGUCUGUUUCACUCCCCAGUACUGUCCAGUUUAGUCAGUUAGGAGCUAACAUUUGGAGGGUAAAUUUGACACUGACUGUGGGCUAGAUUGUCAGAUUCCUCUGAUAUCCAAUCAUGCACUCUCUACUUUUUACUACCUUUUCAAUUAUGUAAGUACAGACCGAAACGUGCGGAGGCCUGUGCCCUGCUGUGUGUUACCUCCCCGACUGAGCUUUACCUCUUGAAGCCUAUGGCAGGCUGUAAUUUAUCAAAGUAAACAGAAUCGAGGCAGGCACAGGCACGAGUCCACCUGCAGCCAAAAAGAACCAGGCUCAGCUAGUCAACCGCAAAAUAUAGUGUCACCACUCUUUUCAUGUAAUACCCCCUGAUUUCUGCUAGUAUGAAUGAUUUUCUGUGUUUUUAAUGGCAUGUUUUUCUAUGUGCUAAUACUCUGCCACAUCCUCUUUUUACUCUGUAUUUCACUCCCUGACAUACCUGACAGUGGUCUCAUUAGGCUCCAUUCCUGUUCUCCUGUGUGACACUCCCCCUGAUUGUUUUGUUUUUGCCUCUUUCAGAUGAUAUUGACGGUGUACCUCAGUGACGGGGAGCAGGCUCUGACUGAGGUGCCCAUUACUCCUGAGACAACGUGCCGCGAUGUCGUCGAGUUCUGCAAAGAGCCUGGUGAGAGCGGCUGCCACCUUGCAGAGGUUUGGAGAGGAAACGGUAAGCUGGAGUGCUGGAACUUGAUGUUAAAGUGGAGAAGUAAAAGCUAUCAUUUUAACUGAGCUUGACACUUUUCCUACAGGCAGAAGAAUUUGUUCGGACAAAGAAGUUGCUGUUAGCGUUCCCUGUUUAUUUUGAAACACAAACGAUUCUCUAAACACAAAAGAAAAAUACAGGCUCUGCAUAAACAAAAACACAUCCUCCCAUCGUGAUUUAUUCUCAGACUGGAAUAGGUCUCUUGAAGUUUACAUUUGUGGGUCAGAAAAAGUGAUAUGUGCCGGUACAGUCCACAUCACUGUCACUGCAGAUUCCAGUGGGUCCAAACGAUUUGCUCCCGUCACCAGAGUCGUGCUGACAUACCCAGUGUUAUCAGCAUUUUUUACUGAGGGGCCACUCCCUUGUUGGAGACUACAUCCCAGCCCUGGGGCUUUAUUAACCCACGUUAUGCAACCGUGUUCGGCUGCUCUCUCACAAUGUAGCUGUCUACCCCUGAAACCUCCUAAAACCUCUCUGUCUUUGUCUCUGUCUCUUUGUUUACCGGCCUCCCGAUGACUGACAGGCUCCUGAAAUGCUAAAACUUUGUUUUGGCACACAGUCACACUCCUGUCCAUCAAUCAAAGGGAUUCCUUUUUUUUGGAGAUAUCAUCACUUCAUACUGCCAAGACAUAAACAGAUGAAAGCAUGAAGAAGCUCAUAGCAAAAUCUUAUCAGCUGUUCUGAGAUGUUUUUUCUUUCUAUCAGAUUUCAGUUGACCGAACAUUAACAACAGACACACACACAAACACUUCCACUGAUGUUUAUGACCUGAAAAAAGUGUGAGGGAGAGGAAAGGGAGAACUGUUACAUGUAAUGGUUGUGCUGAUAUAAUUGCAUUUUUCUAGUAUUUAAAAGAGUAGCUCCUUACUGUUCUUAUAUGUCUGUAAUAUGUAACGUCAAGUAGGGCUGGGCAAUAUCCCGAUAUAUUGAGCAGUUCACCGUUAACGAUAAAUGGACAAUAACUACUCCACGAGCUGCUCACCCCCUCCCACCUUAACUUUGUUUACUACAGCCGCCACGCCAGCCACUACAACUUUUGAACCGUCCUCCAUCUCCUCACCUGUCUUUCCCUCUUUGUUACGGACUGGAUGGGGUGGAGUCACAUCUCUGACGUAGGACAGCGUCUUAAAGAGACAUGAGACCAUAGCCUUCCUACACACAUCCAAAACCUACUUUAAUUUAUUUGUUUGACACUGAAUAUAUGGGCAUGCGCAAAAUUAUUACAGGUAUUGUCGUUAAAUUUUUUGUUAAUUUUUGGUUUAUCGCCCAGCCCCGACGCCAAGGUUAGCACAAAGACAGCAAAUGAAGAAACAGAUGGACAAAACAAGAGAGUUUAGCACUUUGGUUUACAGUUCUAAACUUGCCAACUGAAAAAAAGACGUUAACUUGUUCUACGUAUGAGCAUUAGAGUUGAUGGAAAGUAAAUUUUGUUGGCUUUCCCCAGAGCUAUACCAGCCUCUUUUCUAGUUGUGAUGCCAAGCUGUCAAAUUGGUUGUGGGUCUCACUUUUACGAAGAUGGUGUGAGGAUUCAGUUGGUUACUUUAAAAGUGGCAAAAUGACAAAUCAUCUUUCUUUCUCUGUAGAGCGAGCGAUCCCCUUCGAACACAUGAUGUAUGAACACCUUCAGAAAUGGGGGCCUCGGAAGCAAGAAGUCAAGUUCUUUCUACGGCACGAAGACUCUCCGACCGAGAGCAGUGAUCAAGGUGAGUGUCUUCACGCUUUCCUCAGGCUGCAGUCGAGGGUUGUCAGGGAGCUCGUGACAUCUGUUUUGGCUGGCUGCUCAGCUUUGGAGGCCAGUGCCAGUAGACUCUCACUCUUCCUCACUCCUCACCUGGUAUAUGUAGUCUCUGGGUUUGGGGUAUGUUUACCUUCUUGUCUUUGUUUCACAUUUUUACUUUGACUUAAUUUCCUCUUAUACAUGAAGGAGCCACAAAUCGACAGAGCCAGGCAGCUGUGAAGUGCUACCUUUUUUGUAAAAACAGAACUGUCUGUGGCCAUUUCUACACAUUUUCUACAAGGGGUGUCCUGAUACAAAUUUUUUUACCUCCAAUACGAUACCGAUAUUGUAGCUGUCACUAUUGCCCAAUAUCGAUAUUAGCACAAACUUUGCAUGAUAAGUUUUGCACUGCAGUGUUGUUUUCGUUGAUGAUGACGUUGACGAAAUAUUUCCGUCAACGUCAUCGUUCAACGAAAACAACACUGCAGAAUAUAUGUUUAGCGUUUGACUGAUGAAAUGCUCAUGAAUUUUGCAACUCUGUUCGUCGUCCACCACUAACGUUUUCGUCUAGUCUCGUCUCGUCAACGUAAACGCACAUUCGUCUCGUCACAUUUUAGUUAUCUAAGACUUAUAUUUAGCUUGUCAACGUCACGUCUUCGUCGUGGAAAAAAAGGGGGUCAAUGAAAACAACACUGGACUGCCGAUAUCAGAGAUUUUAGAUGCAGGCUGAUAUAAUCCGAUAUUUGAUUUUUUGUUUAUCGGACCAAUAUCAAUAUCGUAUCGGGACAUCCCUAUUUGCAACACUGCGUAGGGUUCAAUAUUUGAUCUAAUUCCUUCUUGUUUAAUGACCAUACAGCCUCUGGGAAGUUUGGAGGCCGGGGAUGUAACCUGGGGCUAGUCAUGUAGGUCAUAAAGGAUUUUUUGGUCAGAACGAUUCUGUGUGUCAUUAUCUAUGGUUGGACAAGCAGCUUACAGUGAAAGAAUGGAGCUGAAAUGGAGAUUCCACAUCUGUUAACUGGAUGUUAGUGGGACUUUAUGCCAAUGUCUGUAAAGAAUGAUGUUUACAAUAUGUUAAGUUGUUGUCAGAUGGUAGCGGGUGGAUUCUGGGAUUGCAUUACAGCAGAUAUACUAAGCAUCUCCGCUCUCCACACAGACCAUUUUCCUACAUACAUCCAAAGAUCACCAAAAUGUCCGAGGGAACCACGGUUAUGCAUAUGGAGAAUUCUUUUACACAGAUUAAGUAGGAUUGAAAACCAAGUUUUGGUUGAUGGGUGGUUGGAAAUAUCCAAGGCUGAAAUCCAUACAAAUAUGGAUUACACAAAAAGGUUUCUCUAUGUGGAAGAAAAGGUCUUUUUGUGAUGUGAUGUGCUGCAGAUCUGUUUCAGAUUUGGCAGAAGUUUUGUAUCCGACCAGGUAGGGGAUUUUUGCAACCCAAGGUAUCCUGUGAGUUUUUGGACCUGCAGCAGAACAGUCCUGUUUGCCAUCAUUUCCUUUGAAGUUUUGAAUAAUUCAAACUCAUCUUCCUGUCAAGCUUUUCUUAUGAAGAAGUUUGAGUCAGGUGGCUGAGGUCAGCAGUGCUUGUCCCACUUCUCAAAUCCCACUGUCAUGGGCGAUCAUGUCUGCAAAUGUUCAAACUCUCCCUGACAAUGGUUGUAGCCUCUGAAUCUGCAGUUGUGUGCUUGUGUGCAUGCUGGUCUGUGCUUCGUGAUGGUGACUGUGUUUCUUCUUGCAGGGAGUCAGCAGUCUCAGGAUCAGACGAGUCGCAGAAGUGGGAACACUGGAGAGAAGCACAAUGAGAAUGGGGUGAGACUUAAUUAGCUUUAUCUAAAUGAUUUGAAAAUAGAAACUGCCCUUGCAAUUGCUCACUUUAAUUUGGUGCCUUCUGUCAUGUAUAGAUUAAGGCUUUAAUGGGAGUAAUAUAUAAAAAGGUAACACAAGGAGUCGAAACCCUAUAUACACUUUUAUUCAAAUACAUAAAGAGCUUAACAAACUAAGUACAGAGGCCAUUAUGUAACCCUUGGCUAGCUGUAGAAGAAAAAAGUAAGCAUUUAUGGAGAGAGAGAAACAAAAGGUGAUAUAAGAACAAAAUCCUUAACAGAGCUUCACCAAAGAAAGGUUUCAAAUCUUCUCAAAUGUCAUUCUGAACCGGUAAACUGAGUGUCUGGUCAUAUUUUAUAUCAGGAAUUUUCCAGUGUACUGUUAAAGCGGCACUUUCAACCCACUUGACUUUAAAAUAACAGCUUAAAAAAAAUCACAGUAUCGGCAACAACACUCGUAAGAUGAAGAACUUGGCCUCUUUUCAGUCACCUGUUCUUGAACUAUCAAACAUGUCUGAGCAAGUAACACCUCCUGUUAGAUCCAACAGAAGACAGCAUGGCUUCGUGUCACACUUUUCCUGUUCCCAGUGUCACCAGUCCGACUUGGUUUUCUAAAUGCAGAUCUUGUUGCAGAGACAAAGCGACAAGAUCAGAGAAACUGAAUGGCUGAGCAAAGAUGCCGUACAAUAUUUCGCCAACUGGCUGUACCCUGCAACUGUUGUGACGUAAUCAACUAUUUUUAGUGCCUCACUCGACAGAUGUUGUGCCAAAUUACCUAGAUGUGUACAGGGGUGAAAACAUACUAUAUGUCUAAGCGAGUAUUUAGUUUUUAAAUUCAGUUCUACUUGAAUUUUCUGUAGCUUUCUCGAAUAAAUUCAGACUUUGCAUUUUUUCUUAUAUACCAUUUGUACCUAAAAUAUUGCAAAAACAAAUUUUAGUGGGAGCCAUUACAAGGUUAUAAUAGUUUUUAAUUUUUCAUUAUAGUUCAGUUUUACUUUGUUUGGACUUUGUUUUUUUCUCUAAUUCAGUGAGUUUUAAUUUAGUUUCUAGAGUGGGUUUGUCCGUUUUCAUCAGUUUUUAUAUUUUUCUGAAUGAUUAGUUUUAGUUUAGUUUUAUUAUUUUUAGUAUUAAUUUUAGUUUUUCAUACUUGGCAAUAAGGUUAUUUACUUGUGCAGCACUGUGUGAUAUGAAUUUUGGCUCGAGUGAGAAGACUUCUACAGCAUCUAGUCCAGGGCUGUUCAAUUUAAAAUUCAGUCAGGCCCGAUUUUCAAACUAAGGACAUGAGCUUGGCUGGACAUUUUUAGCAGACAAUUAGCAAAGUUAACCACUUAAAAGAAACACAAAUAGAUAAUAUAACAAACACACAUGAUGUUUAUUAACAUAUUGCCACAUCCAUCAAGGCCAUAAGCACAAUAAAAGAGCAGUACUUAAACUAAACCUAUGCUGAAAUACUACUUCUUUAAAUUUGACAUUUCAAACACAUAACUUUAACACAUUAUGACUGGUAAUUACAAACAUAUGUGAAGCUGCAUAUGAACUUAGAAACAAAAUAGAGAUAAGAAACAAGAUCUUUUGUUUUGAUCACAUCUAAAAGUGCAUAACAGAAUAACUUUUCAAAUUCAAUGUUUGUUAUAAUGUUGGAAUCUUGGUAAGAACUUGUCAGUGUUAGUAAAAUAUGUUUUUCUGUUUCUCUCGCUGGACCCAAGUCCCAAUUGAACAGGGCUGGUCUAGUCAGUAUUAUAUUUUCUGUUGUGGACUUUUAUAUUUCAAUUGUUGUGGACUUUUUUGAUCACAUGGCUAUUUCCUGCAUUCUUUGUCAUUUCUUAUGUGACAUUCCACUCGGUGCAUAGUUAGCUUUAAUUCUGGUAGUAAUCAUUAGUGUGGUUUGUUGUCAUAUCUGUAGAUGGCUUCAUUUAUUCUAGCUAAUAUUUAUUGUUACAUGGAAAAAUUGAUUCAAAAUGACUAACUCCUUAAUCCAUGGGAACAGCUGGCAGGGACAAACAGCCAUUGCAUAAUAUAUAAAACUCCAAAUCUAUGGUUUAAUAAUUAUACUUGAUAUAAAUAGUAGUUUUAAAAUGCCAUAGGAGCUUGCUGUUAUUCUGAUAUGUAAAAAAUACUUAUUUCUUUUUUGGGGGGUCUUAAAAAGACCUUUACAGUCCUGAAUGAGAUUUUCAAACACGUGCAUAAACCCUGUGAUGCCAGAAUUCCAGUAUUUACCAUGGUGAAAGUUUAACGAUGUGUGGCUUUAUAAGGAUUCACAACAUGAACAACAUGACAAGCCCUUGUGUUUUAGGACAGGCCCAUUUUUCAUACUCCACCACUAUUUCUCCUUGAGGUGAACCCAUUGUUGUGCAUGUCGAGCUCUAGCCUUGGGAAGCAUGUAUGCUCUGAGAUGCGAAUGACUCUGAUAAAAGCAGCCUCUGGCAUUGCAUCCUUUCUCUCUCCAACCGGCUGUCCCAGAUUUCACAAAAGGAAAGUGUUGUGGUCAAGGAAUCGUAGCUAAUUUAACCUUAAUGGUGGAGGGAACAGCUCAGUGCAGAAAUAAAUGCGGGGGGUUCGGUUUUUGUUUUAAAAAAGACUAGAGAACAGGAGAACCCAGAAGCCGUCCUGAUUUUUAUGCUGAAAGUAUUGUUAACAAAAUAUGUUUUUAUGUAUAAAUGAGUCAGCCUAUGAUCAGCAGACUCUAUUAAAGCAGAAAAGCAGAAUAAUCUUUUUAUGGUCUUUUAUUAUCAGCUACAUGGACAACUCUGUUUAACCUCCCAAGAGCUAAGGCUCAUUUGUGUCUGAGUUCCUUCCUAAUAUCUGAUUUAGAGGAUUAUAUCAGUCAGCCUGCUGGAUGAUAUAACUGCUCCUAAGAGGAUCAUUGCUUUGGCUUUUCCAUGGGCUGCUGCCCAAACCCCCUCUGGCCUUUCUCUCCACCAGGCAGCAGAGCUGAUCAUCCUCUGAAAGAGACAUGGCCUUGUAAAGAGCAGAGGAGCCUCAAGGGACUACUACAGUGAUCACACGUAUUUUCAAUAUUCUUGAGUAUCCCAGUAGUGAUGAUGCUGACACGCAUUAUUUAGAUUUUUUUUCUGUCUUUUACUUUUUUUUAAACCAGAAGUUGAGAUAUUACGUUGACUGUCCAUAAAGUAUUCUGCAGUUGUUUUAAUUUCCAAUUAAUAAUUUUAGGUAUUUAUUCAGGGUUCCUACGCAAGUAUGAAAAAGUAUGGAAAUAAAUUAGUCAAUUUCUGGGUCUUAAAAAGUAUGAAAAAUGAAAAAUAAAGUGUGGAAAAAUAUUCAUGUUUCCAGACUAUUACCACAGUUCUAAAAUACUGUUUUCUAAAAUGGAAAAGUAGGUUUUUCCAAAAAUAAUUCUAAAAAGUACGGUUCGGGAAAGUGAAAACUCCAACUGUGUAGAAACCUGUUUAUUGAAGUUAAAUACAACACAUACUCUGGUUUCAGGGAGAACAGAAAUGUGUGGUUUUUUAUUUUUUGCUACCAGUGUCGGAUUUUCUUUUCAUUCCUUUACUAAUGGGGUCAUUUCAGUCCCAUAGUUGAAAACAGCAGUACUCUCUAUCAGCGCCACAAGCUUUUUAAAAAGAGCUCUGUCAUAAAAUGCUCCAUAAAAAGUUCCCAAGGAGAACUAAAUUUCAAUGAAUUGGUGCUGUUUAGGUGAAUGUUUAUUGAUAUGGUUCUUUUUUGGAAAAGAUUUAUUUCUUUUAGCAUUUUUUUCUAUGGGAACCAGUCACCAUUGAUUCUUCACUUCAGGCACCGUGAACUAUUUUAGUUCCACAGUGUAGAGCAGUGGUUCUCAAGUCCAGUCCUCGAGGCCCACUGUCCUGCAUGUUUUGGUUAUGUUUCCCUGCUCCAACACACCUGAUUCAAAUGAUUAGCUCGUUAUUAAGCCAUUGCAGAGCUUGAUAACGAGCUGAUCAUUUGAAUCAGGUGUGUAGAGGAACCUGUCAGGUCCUGCUCCGGAGUAGGUCUUCAAUCAGCAUAAGAGGGACUUUAUGUGGUGGAAGUGCACAGUGAUUGGUCCAUAAAAGAGUGAACAUAGAUUGUUUGAACAAGAGCCAGUUUAAUACCGCCUGUCACCACUUUUAAAUCCCAGUGUAAACAUCAGCAAAUUAAUGUUAAAUAAGGAUUAGAGACAGGCUCUAAAUAUCUUGGGAAGAAAAGGAAAAAAUUAUUGACGGAUUGACUGCCAGGGCUUGAGUGAGUGUUCACACACUGAAGAAGAUACAGCAUUUUGAUUUGGCAAAGCGUAAUAUUAAAAUCUUGGAGAGUAUUUUCUGCCACACUGAGACUGCACCACACAGAAAAGCAGUACAGUCAGAAAAUGAAAACAAGACUUCAAUGCUCCCAUCACUACAUCCUCCAUAUUUUCAGUUCUGUGGUGUAAGUGAUGUUGCUCUUCCCACUACUAACAGAACUUACUUCACUUUUAGGCUCAUAUCAGUUGUCACUGUGGCAGUGGGAAUGCAGAUAGGAAAAAGUCUUCAUGUAGUUUUCAAGGACAUCUCUGGAUAGCUCCCACUAAAAAAGCAGCUUUUCAUCUGUAAAUGUCAGCUGAUACUGCUGAAUGCUAAGUGCAGUUUCCUGAGACAAUGUGUCUAUAGAAAGAAUAUUAACAUCCAAGUCACUGUUUUAAAACCCAGAGUCAUUCAGUUUGUUUCUCAUAUACAAGAUGGAUAUGAAAGGAGUCAUUGAAGGAAGAGUCAUAAGAUGUUCAUGAUCUGUGGAUCAUUUUGGCAGUAUUCCAGCAUUGUGCCUUAGCCUGUAGAAAUCUUAAUUUGGAGGGAGUAAUGUGAUGUUGCCUUGUUGUACAAUGGUUAGGGCUGAAACGAUUCCUUGAAUACCUCAGGUACCUCAAUUACAAAAAAUGAUAGAGGAAUUUUCUCUGUAUUAAGUACUCGUUCAUAAGCUCAAAUCGUCACUGUUUCGCACUGAUUAUUUUCAAGGUGACACCACGGUAGAAGGAGGAGUUAGCACGGUUUUAAUUUUGCGGAGCGGAAAAAAUGAAUGAUGAGAGGGGCUUUUCUCCUGCAGAGCUCCAGUAGCUCAUUAGCACUUCGCCUCUGGGUUGUGGGCGGAGACAGCGCUGCUCUGCACACUCCUCUACACGCUAGCUUGUAGCCUGACAUUGCCGGUGUAGUAGCAGACGAACAAGCAGGUAACAAGCACAUGCUUGUUCUGCGUUCCUUGUUUCUAGAAAAGGAAAACAAUUGAUUGUUUGUUUCUAAGUUACAUGUCUUAUUUUCUCUUGUAAGUUAAUAAUAACACUUUAACUAAAAAAUAUAUGUUUUAUCCGAUUACUCUAUUAAUCGAUGGAAUAUUCGGUAGAAUACUCAAUGGCUAAAUUACUCUGUAGUUGCAGCCCUAACGAUGGUGUCCCCCUCUGCUCAUUUGGGUGUUUCUCUGGCUUCCUCUCCAUCCCUGUCUGAGGGUGUGUGUGUCUACCUCUCUCUUGGGUGAAUUGUCACUGAUGCUGUGUUGCCUGAGUGCAUCCUUUGCUAGUGUGUGUGUGUGUGUGCUGGUGGCUUCUCCCUGCUCUCCCCUCCUCAUUAAAACUAAAGUUGAGUCAAACCUCCCCGAACUCCCACAGCCUCUCGAAGUCUUCCCACAUGGUCUUGUGUUUUACAUGCUUUAAAAUGCCAGGGAGGAAGAAGAAGCUGUCAGAACAGCCUGCUGCAAACACACGGAGUGUUUUUAGAGACAAGAUGAUGAAUGGCUUUUAAAGUGUCGUAGCCUCUCUUAACAACACCAUAAAAGGCCAAUCUCUCCAAAACAGGCAUGUUUAAUUCAGACAAGAUGACUCACAGCAGUGUCCGAGUAAGAGCUAUACACACAAUAUUUUUGUCUUUUGCAUGCCAUGUUUGUUUCACCUGAGGCAUAAAGGUGGAAGACAAUUUCUAAGUGCUUGUCCUACCUUUACUCAAUAAUUUAAUAUGGGGAGAAUCCUCUUUCCAGCCUUCCUGUACUUGUCAGUAACUAACGAGUGGGUAGUAACAGACACGAAAAGACAGGCAUUCAGUUUGAGCUUUAAUCAUUUAAAAACACUAAUAACGUGGAGAGCGAUGAAACUUCUUUGUGAGUUUUCUUCCCUACCAUCAUCCUCGGGGAGUUCUGAGGACUGAUGACGUUACAUUUAGACAAAUGAGAAUUCAAAUUAUACUGGUAGUUCAAAGGUAUGAUUUAAUGUCUUUAGCAUCUUAGGAAUCUUAUCAAGAAAACUGAUGAGCACCUUUCAUAUUUCAGAAACUGGAACUAACACAUCUACUUUCAAUGUUGUGAUUCUUUCUACCUCACCUCGCGGCCUUCAUAUUUUUUUAAAAACGGGUUUUCUGUCUGAACCAGAAUUCUACAUUCUCGUUAAGUCUGCUAUUUGAUAAAAACUCUUGACAGCUCUCCCACGUUGUCUCCUUUCUCAAACUUGUGUUUUGUUUCUGCGUAGCUCGGAGGACUGUACUCACAGCUCAGUGUUUUAUUGCAGUGUAAAUACUGUAGCAGCUGUUCUGCAAAGUUCAGCAGAAAAAGUUUUUCACUUUUUGUUGUGAGCUUCAAAAUCCCCUUAAAGAAGAAUUUUGGCUGAAAAGAAAAACUCAAUUGAAAUAUCUUUGAAAGUGACACAUUUUUGAUCCACUGCUGUGAUGUGGAUUAGCAUUGUCAUCAUUGCAAAUUACAAAUCAUAAGACAAAACAAGUGAGCAUGAGAAACAUGAGUCGUACAAGUUAAUUACAGUGAAGCUUUCCUAACACUGAAAUGAGCAAAAUCAAAUGUUAAUUACUAUUAACUUUAAGAUAUCUGUGCAAAAGAAAAAGUAGUAGGCCUACUUUAGAAGUUUUCAACCCUUUUGACAUUAUCCAUUGGCUGGAUGACUGGUCUGGUAAUGGGGAUACCUUUGGUCUGUUUGAAGAUAACAUGUACAUUUCAAGUUGCUCUUUGCAGUGUUUUCUGGCUGCUUGACAGUUGCUGUUAUCAGCUGCAUUUAUAUCCGUUAUCUAAAGAUUUGCCAGUUGUUGAUUAACUUGUCCUACUUUUAAUCCUCUUUGAGUCAUGUACAGUUGGGUGGAGAUGUAGUCAUAGCACUAUAGCGCUGACUGAUGGCUUACACUGGCUUUGAAAAUAAGAAGUGCUGUUCCUCGUAGUGAAUGAAUAAUGGUAGUUCAUAAAUAAACCUGGAAUACAAGGAAAUCAGUCUUUUUCAGAUAUAUAUUUUUUUAGGAAAAAAAGCAAUGUUGUAUGUUAAGGUCAAUGCAGUUAUCAUUCGUUGAGGCUGUAUAUAAAUGUAUAACAAUAAUCUGACUGUCCCCUAAAACCACUGAGUAGAUCAGUGAAGUGUUUUAUAACAGAGAAGAUUUUAAAAUCACAAUUCACUGGAAAGCACUAAUCAAUCUUAUCAGACCAGUAGAAGACCGUGGAGGAAGACCCAGGACACGCUAGAAGGACUAGGUUUCUCAGGUGGCCAGGGAACUCCUCAGGGUCCCCCCGGAAGAGCUAGAUUAGGCGGCUGGGGAGAGGGGAGACAGGGCUUCCCAGCUUAGGCUUCUUCCCCCCUGCAACCCGACUCCGGAUAAGCAGCCAAAGAUGGAUGGAUGGAUGGAUGGAUGGAUGGAGCACUAAUCUUAUCAGACUUCAACUGUGUGUAAAUGCACAGUUUUGAAUUAAAACUUCAGAACUAUAAAAGUCCUCAGAGCUGUCAGGAUCAUUGAUACCAGGGUCUCCUUGUUUUAAAAACAAAAACAAAACAAAAGCAAAGCCAGGCUCUCAUUGUUUGGUUUCUUUCUGUUUGACCCUCUGGCUGCUGUAAUCAGACAUUUUUAGAAAUGAGUUCUCCAGAAUGCAUCUGUGUGUUUUUAUCUUACAAACAAGUUCUAAGUUUUAAAGCCUAUGUAAUGUCUUGUGUAUAUAUUUAUCCAUUGACUCAUGUGUUCAUGUAUUCAAAGGUGCAAUCACAACAACAUUUUACUAUUCACUUCUACAGCGUUGUGCAUGUUGUUUCUUUACCCACAAAUACAACUUUACACAGUCUUUCACUAAACUACCAUUUACAUGUGUUAGCUCUGACUGGGAUCAAUUAUAACACUAACCCAACAGCUUUAUUAAGAGCUGCUAAAUGAAUUUGUUUUGGCGAGAGGAAGAGUUAUGUAUGCGUGUCAUCAUCGUCAAUGAAGUAACCACAGAGCAAACAUGGAAAGACUGAAUCAAUCUGAAUCAUACAGCAUGUAGCCCAAUAACAUCGGAGCUCUCACUGUACUUUAACUUCUUUUUUUUGUCUAAAUAACUAAGUCUGUAGCACCUUAUAUUAUUGGGCUGUAAUCAACCACAGAAAUUCUUGGUCGACUAAGACCCUGAAAUUUUCUACCAAUAAUCGACUAAUUGGGGGGAGGGUCCGACUCGACUCGACUCUGACGGCAAACCCUUCUGCGGCGCGGCUCUGCUGGAUGAAAAUAUACUGGUAUCAGCCCAAGAAGGCAAUUAAACACAAAAGGCAAGUUGAAACGCUGAAAAUAAUAUUAUGAUAUUCAGCAAACCACCGGACCUUGAUUAACGUGGACGCUCUUCAAUCUUCCUGUCUCCAGACGGUAUCCAGUGAGUUAGGUGAAUCCAAAAUGGUUAAAACAAGGGGGGUGUUUCAAGACAGGCUGUUACCUGUGAAAAAGGGGUGCUAUGAAAACACCCCCAUUAGCACUUGGUACGUUCCUCCUGAUGAAACAAACCACUGACUGUAAAUUGACGCGGAAAAAGUCAAGUCGACCAAUCGGAAAUUUGAUGGACUCCGCAAGUAUCGACCAAUAAAUCGACUAGGACUUUACAGCCCUAUUAUAUCCUUUGAAAUGUCCUUAUGCAUCUUAAAUCUCAGUAACUUAAGUGGGUGUUAACAUCAAGAACACUCUGUUUGUUUGGAUUUUAGUGUGUUGACCAGUUUUGUGUAUAUUUGUGUGUAGGUGGGGAGUCAGCGUGUGGAGCUCACGCUGUCAGAGCUGCAGGAGAUGGCCACUCGGCAGCAGCAGCAAAUUGAGGCUCAGCAGCAGAUGCUCGUUGCAAAGGUAGUUUUUUUUUUUGGUCUUCUUUUCUGUUUUGCUUAUCCUGAAUGUUACGUGUAUUUAAUUCAACAUGGAAGUCUGACCAAACACUGGUUGCUGACUUGAUGUUUUACAUGACAUUCAGAUGUGAUCUGAAAGGUGCAGACAGGUCGUUGAUGUGUCACGAAAUUGGAUCCUACAAUGAUAGACAGAUCUUUAGUGUUUGGCUUUAGCAGGACACAGCCUGUGACCUCUGUCAACCACAGUGAUGUUACUGUCAUCCAAAGAGUCACAUCAUGUCUGAAAAAGGGGCAAACAGUUAUGUAACAAAUAAAUUUGGAGGCAGAAUGAGUCACAGUGCUGGUAUUGUCCAGUCAGGACAAUACUUAUGCUUAAGCCUGUCGAGACACCCGGCACAAAUACCGCAGUGUUACUCAAGACUGUGAUUAAUUCAUCUUUUUUUUUUUAACACACUGAAAACAACCUUUGUCAGACCAGCUUAUAAAAAGUGUCCAUGAAUUAGACACAGUAAGACUUAGGUGGUAAACCUCCACACAGCAGCGCCUGAGUGAGUCUCAGCGGCUUUUCAGGACAGUAACUUAGUCUGACCGCCAUGCCUGUGGUGCGCUGAUCAGUCAUGCAGGAUGAAAACCCACUGUAGACCAGCAGAUAAAAUCACUAUUUAUUGGCUUUUUCAUGGCAGCUAAAAAGUAGGCCCUCUGAGAGCCCUGCAGUCAUUCGGAAACCUGGGUCUGUCAUUUCCUAUUUUAGGACUUUAACUGGAGCAGUUCUCAGUUGGCUAGAGAGAUGUAGUCAUCUGACCCUUUCUGCAGCCUUCAGACAGUCUUGACACAGUACAGCAUUUCAUUCAGAGCAUAUUGGGGAAAGAUUCAGUCUAGUUUCCCAGGAUGUUUGUCAGUGAGUUACAUUUAAGCUUAGGGGUGUUGCAUUGCUGGUUUUAUAUUUGUGCUGGAAUUACAAUGACAAAACAUUUUUACAAAAUUCUACAUUCUUUUUACAGACAGUCCAUUUUUGGUACAGAUUUUUAUCAGUUAACUCUUGUAAUUAUCUGUUUUUUUUGUUGUUGUUAUAUUUCAAUCUUUUUUUUUCCUUCUGAAGGAGCAGCGUUUGCGUUACCUAAAGCAGCAGGAGCGGCGUCAGCAGCAAACUGUCUCAGAGAGUGAGAAACUUCAGAGGCUGAAGGAGCGUGUGGAGGUCCAGGAGGCCAAACUCAAGAAAAUAAGGGCAAUGAGAGGACAGGUGGACUACAGCAAGGUCAUCAAUGGCAACCUGUGUAUGUAAAGAUUACCAACUCAAACAUGUUGACUUCUUGGGAUGGGAAAAACAUGGCUCAUCAAACCUUGAGAUGAGGAUAGGGGAAUUCUACAACAGUCAGAGGGAAAUUAUGCCUUUAAUGAAGUCCCCUUGCGUGUUGAUCAUAAACAAGCUGAUGUGAUUUCUUCAUUUCUUUAAUCCAGCGGCAGAGAUUGAGCAAGUAAGCGGCCUCUUCCAAGAGAAGCAGGCUGAGCUACAGGCUGCAGUGCUGAGGGUCGAGCAGCUCAGUCUGCAGCUGGAGGACCUGAGGAGGGGAAAGCUCAAUGGCAUCCAGACUACGCUGGGUGGUCAAGUAACUGGCGCUGCAGCCUUGGAGCUCCGUAAACUCUACCAGGAGCUUCAGGUACCACCAAAACAUGAGCAGCACUUCAGAAGAUUCUCUUUUUUGUAGAAUCUCCUUUCCUACUGUGAGUUUUUAUGUGUAACUCACUGACAUGUUUUACCCACAGAUCAGGAACAAGUUGAACCAGGAACAGAACAGCAAACUGCAGCAACAGAAGGAGCUUCUCAAUAAACGCAACAUGGAGGUGACGCUGAUGGACAAGCGCAUCAGUGAGCUGCGUGAACGCCUCUACAAGAAAAAAGCUGAGGCACGUCAAAAAGAGAACCUUCCUGUAAGACUAAGAGCGCUUAACACAUCUCCUCUCUAAGACUGUUGUUGUUAAAAAUGCUUCAGACAGAAGUCUCCUGACUCAAGGCUGGAUCAGUCCUGACAGGGCAGAUGGUCUCUGUAAUCCAAAUUUGUCAAAUCUUGUGGACUAAAGUUCAUGCUCCUGCCCCACUAAGAUUGAUUUCUCAUCAGUAUAACUAACAGUGGAUCUUUUCCGGCUUUCUCCUCUUAUAGCUUAACAGAGCCAAUGGGCCUCCGUCUCCCCAGCCGGCUCCGGGCACUCUGGGCCGUGUUGCAGCUGUUGGGCCAUACAUUCAAGUCCCAGUGGGUGGCCGACAGGAGGGAGGGUACACCCUACCUCCAGAUCCACUAAAACCUCAGACUCUUGGCGUCAGUAACCAAGCAAACCAUGGCCGCACCAAGUCAGGUUUGUAGGAUCCUGUAUGAUCUCCUCUUCCAUUCCUUUAAAAAAAUGUUUUACAUUAAAAUUCAACAAAUGAAACACUUGUGUAGAUUUUGAAUAAUGAGGCUAAUUCAGGAAAUGAACCUAUUUCUUAACUUGAAAAGUGAUCCAUACUGUUAGAUAAAGCAGGAAGGCAGAUUAGAGGUGUGGAAGAGCAGCUUAGAUACACACAGUCCUAGCAGCAGCAGCAGCAGAAUCAGUUUCACAUUGCUACACAUUUAACGCGUCUUGCAUGAAAAGCUUGUGACCACUCUAGACCCAAACUGUUACUCUGUUUCCUUCCUUCCUGACUUCUCUGUUUAUCUUACACAUGGACUUAAUUUCUACGAUUUACCUUCCUUUCUAACCUUCCUCUCUUCCUGUGUCGUGUAUCCUGUGUCCUCCUUCCUCUCUUCCUCUCUUCUUCUCUCAUAUGCCUUUCCCUUUCUCUGUUAUGUUUCUGUUUUCACGGGGUGUGGGUGUAUGGGGUUCAACUCUUCCCGGGGCAGAUGGUGUGCGAAAGCCUCCUGGCCCUUGGAAGGUGUCUGAUUUAGACAUCGUUGUGGACCCAGUACCCCCGUCACUUCCAGAAUCACAUCUGGGCACCGGAGCCUCCACUGGCUCUGACGGCACGUCCCGUGAGUGCACAAGUGCAGCAAUAGCACAGGGGUGGCACUUCCUGAACCUUCUCUACUCAUAUAAGCACAGGAUCUUCAGCAUGCACAAGUGUUCCUUUCAAAUAACCAAAACUGUGUUCUGCUCUGACAUGUCUUCAGUUCCCUUCACUCUGAAAUAAUAGGACUGGUUCCUCUCCCUCUGGCAGAUUAAAGCUGAGGGAGUCUGAGGAGGGGCUGAGCAUUAUGGCUGGUUUACUUUAAUACUGACUGUCUGAUGGAAGCAUUUUGUGUGGCGUCUUUUUGUUCUCCUGCUGGAGAAGCAUUGAGCCAUUUUUCUGAGCUGGGGAGAACAACUAUUGACGUUUUAUUUCACAUGCUUUCUCUAAGGAUUGGCUGAUGAUGUCAUAGUAGUCAGAGUGCCAUCUUUAGACACUCUGCUGCCAUCUGCAGAGAUGUUACUCUCUUAAUAGUUUCUAAAAUACUAUCUAGUUUUUAAUUUCCCAAAGGGAACCCUCCCAAAAGGAUCGCUAAAGUUCUAAUCUAAAAAGCACUGCUGAUCCCUGUUUGUGUUUGUACACCUGAGAAGGUUCAAUGAGUCGAGUGCCUCCCACCUUUUACUCAUGAAACACAGUUCAGCAUUUUCUGGCUCUGUUUCUCAUUUCAUAACAUCCCAAGCUUGUCUGACUUUACCCUUGACACCUUAUUCUCACAACAAACCAAGCUGUGAGGGUUAAUUCCCAUGCAUGAGGGAAUACACUUGGACUUGUUAGUCUAUUGAUCACCGAUGAAGACAAAGCUGUUUCCUUUUUAGGCCAAAAUAUGUGACAUUUGAUUUACUUCUGUCAGUUUUACAUUUAAAUUUGUGAGGGAAAAUGUAGUUGCACCAACAGUAUGUUAAUUUAGUAUAAGGAUGCAUUGUUUGGAUUUUAUUAUAGUGGUUGGGAUAACUGGUAAUAACCUGGUUAAGCUCACAUUUUUAAAUUUUUAAAUUUGUAUUUUAUGCACACUUUGGGGUAAGAAAGGCAAAGAUUUUGUGGGCAAACGCGCGCAAAUAUAUUUAUUUUUUACGCCAAUCAGUUCUUACUAAAGUCCUGAUUGUCAAUACUUAAAAAACAAAAACAAAGUCUUUAUUUGCUUUUUUUAAAAACUCCCGUUCAUGCAGUAAUGUUUUUUCCAUGUUUUAAUCCGUAGCCAUCCACUGGGCUGUCAGACUUAACUAGACCCAUGUCAGAAAACCAAAUAUGUUUGUUACAGUCAAAAAAAUUAAUGUAUAUUUGGUUAAUUUCUUGGUGUUCUUCCAUGAAAAACCUUUUAUCCUCAAGUGCUGUAAGUGAAGUGAUUUUGUCACAGGCAGAUUUUCUUCAGUUCUCAAAUACCUGUUGGCUUGGUACUGCAGCACUUGCCAUUGUUUGGGUGCUGAUGCUGCACUGAUGACUUUUCAGGUGCCUUGCAAGAUAGGUUAAAACUUGAGAACAUUUUUCUCUCCUCAUCAAAACACUGUCUUCAUAUGUUUUGCAAACUGCAAUCAUAAUAUCUUCCUCUGAAACAGUAAAAAGCAUCAACAAAAAUGAUGCAGUUUCUAUUGUCUUUUCAGCUUUCUUCUUCUACUUCUUCUUUUACUCCUUUACUUCUUCUUCUACUUCUUCUUCUUCUAUGUCUCCUUCGACUUCUGCUACUACUUCUACUUUUUCUACUUCUACUUCUUUAUCUUCUUCUACUUCUUCUACUUCUGCCUUUCAUACUUCUUCGUCUUCUUCUACUUCUCCUUCUACUUCUUCUACUACUUCUACUUCUUCUACUUCUCCUUCAACUUCUGCUACUACUUCUACUUUUUCUACUUCCACUUCUUUAUCUUCUUCUACUUCUCCUUCUACUUCUGCUUUUUAUACUUCUUCAUCUUCGUCUUCUUCGUCUUCUUCUACUUCUCCUUCUACUUCUGCUACUACUUCUACUUUUUCUUCUUCUUCUUCUUCUUCUUCUUCUGCUUCUUCUUCUUCUUCUUCUUCUUCUCUUUAAAGGCAGACUGUGUACUGCUGUCUAUUGUGUUGAAACACACAGACUUUUUAAUGAGUAAAUGAAAGGAGUUUGAUUGUUAAAAUGUUAUUUUUCAAAUAAGAAUCAGUCAGAUAAUAUUCCCACUGUGGGCUGAUCAAUAAUGUACAUUCCUUAGUGCUCAUUUUGGCUGCCUUGCUGGAGAUGAGAGAUACUUUAUUGGGUCUAUUUUUGGGUUUAAUACUAUUUUGGGUCCAUAACAAGUUGACCUCUUUAUUAGCUUGGUUAUCACUGAUACAAAGUCAUGCAAAUUAUAACACAACUAUGACUGUUGUUUUGUUGUGUUGUCCAUUUCUAUCCUCUUCUUUUACUUUUCACCUAUUCUUGCUGUCUAAAACUUAAUUGCUAUUUGUAUACAGUAUGUUUUAUUACCGCUAUCAGUUAAGUCCCAGGAUCAAACUGUUCUCAAGUUAGUGGCAUUUCUUACCUCUCCUGUUAAAUAGCAAUUUAGUGCCAAAUAUCUUGACUUGAUGAAAGUACACUGCAGCUGAUUACUAACGGAGAUUCAUCGCCAUCACAGCUGUAAAGUGAAGGCUCAGGAUUUUUGUCCUAUUGAUCAACAGCCCCUCUUCAAACACUCUACUGUAGUUUAGGUAAAUGUUACUCAAAGGAGAAAAAGGGAGAGAACUCCUUGUACAAGAGGUUAGAAAAGAUUUUUACGUUACUGAAGGUUUUUGAUCUUCCACACAGAGAAAAAAAUCACCCAGAGAGACUUUUGAGCCUUUCAUUAUAAUUCCACACAAAACUUUUAAUGACCGUUUACUGCCAGUCUUUUCUAAUUCGCAUUUCUCAGUCGAAUGUAUGGCUUUUGGCUACUCUGCACCUCAGAAAGAUUUGAAGUUAUACUAACUACUCUGCCGAAAGAAGUCAUUUUGAGAUAACUGGAUUGAUGUGUCGCAAUCUUUGCUUUUAACAUGCUAACAACAAAAACAAGGCAUCAAACAUUGUUUAAAUCCACUUAAAGUCUGUAUGAUUGAUAGGAUUGUUCCCCCAAAAUCCUGACCCUUCCAAUUUAACACCAAUCUUAGGUCAAAAUGGGACAGCUAUACACUACCUGUGUGUAAAAUGCUGCACAGACUCAUGCUUUUGUAACACCAGCACUAAUAUUCCACUUCAUGUGGCCUCCCACAUAAAGUGACACAUUCUAGAACUGUUACCAUUUAGACCUAGCUCUGGUGGACAUGCGUUGUGGUUCCCCUGAAUUGUACCACAGACUUCUGCUUUCCAUACCACCUCAAUCAUUAACCCUUCUUUUUGCUUUGCCACACACUCACUGUGUCUUGCUUGUGCUACAGCGAAUGAAAGCGGCUGGCCUGCUGUAGGAAAGACCAGCUCAUCUUUAAAGCUCCCUGAGAGACGGGACUCAGGGACUGAAAACCAGGGCAAGAGCCCUCCCUCAGGCUCCCCUGUCGCUCCAGGUGCAGAAAAGGUAAGUCACUUUCCUUUAAUACCCUUUGAUUCAAAUAACAGAGUUCCUCUGUUUCGGUCAUUGACCUCUUGAUGUUCAGUCAAAUCCAUCAAAAAUGCUUAAGGUGAUAGAAAAGGUACAGGAAAUGUAUAGAAAGAAUAACACACACUCCGAGACUUUAAAAAGGAAAAGUCUUUUGCAGAUGGAAACCUGCUGACUCUGUAUUUAUGUCAUGAAAUGAUCUGAGUCCAGCCCACUCAAGUCUAAACUUUUCCUUCACACCUUCCCCUCGCUCCUCUAGACCACCUAUCAACAUAUGUACAUCUAAUCAUGCUAAAUACAAACAUACACUUAGCAUACACACUACCCCCCUCCCAAGCCAUACCCUUCUCUCCCCGUUCAAUUUAUUUUUAUUUUUUAUUUUGUUAUUUGAUUUUUUUUUAACAUUAUAACUUUGCUUGUCUCUUUACUUUUCUUUUAGUUACAUACUGUCUGUUUUAUUUAUACCUCUUAAAAGGGAUAUGUUUGAAGUUGAAGCAAAGCUUUGAUUAUUUUGUAUAUGUCUAAUUUCAUAACUCACAGACUCUAUGGAUACAGCCAUUAACACUUAAAGAGAAAAAGGGGAAAAAAGUGUAAAUGUGACUGACUGUUCUGGAAUUUGAAAUUGAAAUCAAAAUAAAAAUUUCAGUGAAGAAACAAUACUGAAGAUCUCGUCACACAGAUUGGAUUAAUACCUUCAGGACUCCCAGAUUGAAGUCAUAUUUCUCUUUGCAGAACAGAGUUUUAAAGGUAAAUUUAUAAUGUGAUUUUUUUUUCUUUCUUUCAGGUGCUAGAAUCUAAAUUGGCCGUGUCCUCUCCCGCUAUAUCCAAGCCACAGCCACCCCCCUAUGGCUCCCACCUCACUUCUGCAAACUCAGCCAGCUCCCUGGAGCGCCGCAAAGAUGCACCCCCCCUCCCUCGGCCGCUCCCGAAUCCGCCGACUCCUGCUUGGCCCCGUAUCCCUCCCUCAACAGGCUCGUCCUCUCAGCAGAUCCAGCAAAGAAUCUCAGUGCCACCCAGCCCCACCUUCCAGCCUAGUGCUCCACUUUUCCCCCCAGGACUCAGUGAGCGGCUCGACCCCCCGCCAGCCGUGGCAGUGCGCCCCUUCAUCCCAGACAGAGGGUCACGGCCUCAGUCGCCCCGGAAGGGCCCACCAACCAUGAAUUCAAGCUCCAUCUAUCACAUGUAUCUCCAGCAGGCUGCACCAAAAAGCCAGCCUCUAAAGCCGGCUCUCAAAGCAGGUAAGGUCCAGUGGAAGAAUUUGGAGACAUUGUUUUAGCUCCUAGAAAAUGCUGAUACUGCUUUUAAAAUCUUGAAUCCCCAAACGACACCUGACUGUCCUGUCACUGUUUUUUUUUCUCUCUAGUAUAUGGGAAGCCUGUUCUCCCCCCGAGCUCCACGCCCCCCUCACCUCUGCCUUUCAGCCAGGCUGGAGGCGCCUUCCCGCUUCUUCAAGGCCAACCCAGCGGUGAGGACACUUUGGAUGGAGAGUUUGAUGAUCAUGAGUUCUUCCAGCAUCCAGAACCCUUAGCCCCUCCUCCCAGUGUGGAGAACAUCCCUCGACCACUCAGUCCCACUAAGCUAACACCCAUGGUGCACUCCCCGCUGCGCUACCAAAGUGACGCCGACCUCGAAGUGCUCCGCAAGAAGCUGGCCAACGCUCCCAGACCUCUCAAGAAGCGCAGCUCCAUCACAGAGCCAGAGGGCCCCAGCGGACCCAACAUCCAGAAACUUCUUUACCAGAGAUUCAACACUCUGGCAGGAGGCAUAGAAGGAAACGGAGUCAGUGGGUCAGGAGGUAACGGCGCCGGUAAUGGCACACCGUUUUAUCAGCCAUCGCAUCCUUCUGGUUUCGUGGGCGGAGACUCUAUGGCUGACACAGACAACGGUAACCUUCCCUCCGAGUCGCCACUUCCGCCACCUCCAGGGGAGGACGAGCUGGGCUUGGAUGCUCAGACUCCUUCUACAGACGCCAACGACAACGAGCCGCCACCUUCGCCACAAGAAGAGCUCGAGGAUGCCGAUGAAGAAGAGGCACCUGAGGAUGACAACAACAACAACAUGGGAAGCUCUGAGGCGCUACUGCCCAGCCCCGUGCCAGAGGUCACAACUCCAGAAGAGAGCGGCACAGCAGCCCCACAGCACCUGGUGAAAGACACAUCCAUGAACAUCAACAUGCUUUUAAGUGGGCUCCUUCACUUUAAAGUCAAACUAAUGCUUCCUCUUUUGUACAUUUCAGGAAAAACGCACAAACUUGAAAAAGCCGAACUCUGAGCGCACCGGCCAUAGUUUCAGAGUGAAGUUUAACCCUUUGGCUCUCCUGCUGGACGCCUCCUUGGAGGGAGAGUUUGAUCUUGUUCAGAGGAUCAUCUAUGAGGUACAGCGCAAUUCCAUGCCAACACUGGUAUUUUUGUAUCUUCCAUGUAAGACAAGCACUCAUCUUUCCACAUGGGUUUUUGUUUUCAGGUGGAGAAUCCUAGCACUCCAAACGACGAGGGCAUUACCCCCCUGCACAAUGCAGUGUGUGCGGGACAUCACCACAUAGUCAAGUUCCUGCUGGACUUCGGUGUGAACGUCAAUGCAGCAGACAGUGACGGAUGGUGAGUCACACUACAGUGUUUCCCCUAGUAUUUUUUUCAGCAGCUCUUCUUGUAGCCUGUUCCUCAGAUCAGUCUUCACCUAGAAAUUUUCGCUGUUACCCCCAUUCUCUUGCUGCUUAAGGAGCUACGCUGUUAUGUUCACGUUACAUUACGUUACCCAUGCUACUCGCUAUAUAGCCCGUGUUGAUCGGAUAAAAAAGAAAAAAAAUUAAAUCUGUCAUCUCGUUUGAUCGAACACGAUGUUCCGUCACAUUCUUUAACAUUUGUAUGUUUUCAUGUUCUUGUGUAUUCUCAAACAGGACUCCGCUCCAUUGUGCCGCCUCAUGCAACAGUGUUCAUCUCUGCAAGUUGUUGGUUGAGUCAGGGGCCGCCAUCUUUGCGAGCACCAUUAGUGACGUGGAGACCGCUGCAGAUAAGUGUGAGGAGAUGGAAGAAGGCUACAUCCAGUGCUCCCAGUUUCUAUACGGUAAGAAGUAGCUGGUGGUUCUUUGACAGCCUGUGUACUAUAGAGCAACUUGGCAUAUUGUGUUUCAUUGUGAUUGAAACUCUGUUGUGCAGGUGUCCAGGAGAAGUUGGGUGUAAUGAACAAAGGCACAGUGUACGCUCUGUGGGACUACAAAGCUCAGAACCCCGAUGAGCUGGCCUUUAACGAGGGGGACGCGAUCACCAUUCUGCGACGGCAGGAUGACAGUGAAACAGAAUGGUGGUGGGCAAGACUGGAGGACAACGAGGGCUAUGUGCCCCGCAACCUGCUAGGGGUAACUCCAAAAUUACUACAUUUUUUUUCCAUGUACAGUAGGGCUGUUAAAACUGCUCCAAAAUGACGUUUGAAUUUUUGUCCUAAAAAUGACACACAGGUUUGAACAUAUUUGAAUAUCUGUAUUUGCACUUUAUGCCAACAAGAAGACAGGCUUCAUUCAGUGAUUGAAGCAAAUAUUAUACUAAGAUUGACUUAAGUUUUAUAGUAUUUAGUAGGGCCCGACCAAUGCAGAUAACCGAUUAUUCGGGGGGGAAAAAUCCGAUUACCGAUUAAUCGGCAGAUUUUUAAAAAAUUUUAUGAAGUUAUUAAAAAUAUAUAUGUAUUGUAGAUAUCUACAGUAUACUAUAUACUGUAAAUAUACUGUAGGCUACUGCUCUUCACGCCGACAGGGAGACCGACUGAUCAAACUCAGACCACAAAAGCGUUGUCACCUCCUACUUGUCUGGAGUGAAAGUUAUUCACAGCUACAUUUUAAAACACCUGAGUCAACAGUUGAACACUUUCAGAUAGGCAGACACUUUGAAAUGGAAACGUAAAUCCCUGCAGAGCUGUUACUUGCCACUUUGAUUGUUUGUGUCAAACACUUUGACAUGAGGAGGCGGGGGGCUCUUUUACUGGUGUGCCUCUGCUCUCAAGUGUUUGGUAGAAUGUGACUGUGUUGAAACUUCCCACCACUCUGCUCUAUAAUGUCAUUGAUGAAGUAAAUCACAAAAGUAUUGUAAUCAUUUGAAAUGUGAUAAUCUCAAUAAUUCUCUUCUUCAUCUGUUUUCCUUCAGCUGUAUCCAAGGAUCAAGCCUCGCCAGCGCUCCCUGGCGUAGUGAGUCACUGGGCUGGCUUCAGGCUAACAGCUGGACUCGUGACAAAAUGAAGAGCAGAGAACAAAAAGAGCCUGGUGCUCGGUCUUCUCCCCAUGGCCAUAACCUCCUUCCUUCUUGCCCACCCUGUGCUUCUUACAUGAUCCUUUUCUCUGAAGCACUGAACUCUGACACACAUAUUUACAUAUACACACACACACACACACAAACACAAACAAGAAAACACUAGCACUCCAAAUGCGAAAAAUCUCUAACUACUCUCCAUCUUGGCACCCUCCCCCCCCCCCAACUCACACACCUUUUAACUUCUUGCUCUGUCAUUGUCCCACGUUUAUUUUUACCCCUGUUAAGUGUGAGCUCUGUAUCAGACUUCAACUUGAAGAAUAAAACACUAACCUUUGACUCAGUAUUUCUUUCAGUGUUCACACUUCUUCAGUGAUCCUCCUUAACCAGUUCUGUGGUGGCACUGGUUCACAUUGCCACUGUUUGGUGAGCAGUGAAAUGUUUUAACAGUUAUCAGGAUAUUAACGUUUUUUUUUUCUUCUUCUUUAUUACUCCAGUUUGAUCCACUAAUGCAGAAAAAAAGAUGUGCUCUGUGUCUAAUUUCGCUUGUUGUCUAACCACCAAAGAGGAUUACAGAUUGAAAAGUGAAAAUUUAAACACUCCCAGUGACUCUGCACUACUGUUAAAGAUGGAGUGAACAAAUUGAUGAGCUGCUAUAAGUGAUGAUUAACAACUCUCUGGAGCUGAUCUUGGAAUUCUCAUGAAUUAGAAAACUGAUUUCAGGAAGAUAGGAAACGUGUAAGUGCAUAUUAUUAACUGCACAGGCCACAGCUCAAAUCCAACAUAUUUAAGUGUCGAGGGAAACAGAGUGAAAGCCACAAUAUGACUGAUCAGAUUAAAGUGGAUUAAAACCAAAGUUAGUCAUGAAGAAUCUGGCUGCAGAAUUGUUGCGUGAUCAUUAACAUUUUUAAGAAAAGCUUCAGGCAGUAAUUCUGUUUAAUAUAUUUCAAUAUAUUUUUUAACAGCUCUUAUGCUACAGUCUCCAAAACACAGUCAUGAAAAUUAACAUGCAGUAUUUUUGCUAAACCAAAAAUGAAAGUUGCCAAAUUUAAAUGCUGUGUUAUAUACAACCUCCAAUGUGAAAGAUUACACCUAAAGAAGUUAUUUUAUAAUUUACAAUCCUGUAAUGGCUGAAAAAAGGAGCUUUCAACAAACAAUGUUGAGACGGCGACGUCAGUUCUUUUUGCUCUGAUCAGUUUUUUUUGUUUUGUAUAAUAUAUUUUAAUUUAUAUUAACAUUGCUUCAUUAUUUUUAGCAACAGUUUUAACAAUAUGGCAACAAGACCUGCAAGCAGUAUCUCAACAUGACACAAUAAACAGCCGCAUAUUAAAGUUAACCAUUUUAAUGAGCUAUCUUUUAUCCCUGUUAAGCCCCAAACUGGGCGUCUUAUCAUUGAAUAUUAUUUUUUCAUCGUAACAUGUAAUCUCAGGACCAACAUGGUGCUGCUCACACUGUUCAAACCAGUGAUUAUGCUUAUAUUUUAACUCUAUACCAACAUCUUCAUCAUGAAAGCAUUGAUCCAAGCAAAAAAAAAAAAAAAAAACAGUCCAAACUUUGAAAAAGAAGCCAUCAGCAUGUUCAAUUGAAAGAUAAAGAAAGUCUGAAAUGCAAAUGUUCAGAUUCAGACAAUCCUGAUUGUGUCCUGUUCUCUCCCAUUAGAUGCCCCCUUUUUCAGGUAUACACCAUCCCAGAAACACUCAAACGUGUUAUCUGUCACACUAUUUAACAUCUAGAGACCUUUAUCUUACUCUGACCCCUGAGUGACUGAGUGUUGAUGCCGAGUGUGCUUGUGGCCAAGGCUUUCUCAUGGCUUAACCUGUACAUAGUGUGAGGAGAUGGUUUAUGUCUGUUUGCUGUCCGGACAAGUGCGCUUUCUGUAUAAACGCUGUAUUCACAAAUUCAAUUCUGUAAAUGUGAACAAUAAAACAGAGGCUCUGGCAUGGAAAACAACCUUUGUUAUCAUAAUUUAUUUCAACAAUGGAGUUUUCAUUCAGCGUAUGGGGAUUGUAAAUACAACACUUGACCUUCUGAGGCAUCUAUUUGUCACUCUGAGUCUCUCUUUCUCAGUCUGGACCUACACAGUUAUUGCCAAAGAAUUUUCUAACCAUCAGGGUUCGAGAUUUAUACCUGUUGAGAAGAAGUUGUCCCUUGCCACUCCUGCCAAGUGCUUUAGAUAAGAUCAGGUGAUGUACAGAUAAAAUUACUUGUUACUAUCCCCAGAUUAACAGAGAAGGAUGCUUCAGGGACCAAGAACAUCUGGUCCUUACCAUUGACUUAAAAGUAAUAGAAAUGAUUAAUUACAAGGACUUCAAAAAUCCCACAGAAAAUACUUAAACCCUUGUUUCUAAAAAUAAUCAAGGAUUAAAAAAUUAAAAUUAAAACGACAGAUUGAAUGUAAUGCUCCUAAAUUGGGGACAUUCAUGAAUAUCUCAGACUUUUUCUACUAAGUAGGGACCCCUUAAGUCAUUACAUAGUGCUUUUGUUCAGGUUGGGACAUGUCAAACUUUAUUGUCUUCCCCCUAAAUCCAUUCUGUCGUGUCAGUCACCGAAAGGGGAUAAAUCAGACACGCUCAUUCCAGUUGGCACUUUGUUUUCAUAGUUCAGAUUUUUCCACACAUGAUCAGGAGGACAUUUCUGAAACACAUUAUCUCAUGGGUUGAGGACUUUUUCGUUCCCCACUUUUUGGUGCUACUUUUGAUUUUAAGGUUUUUUCUUUGUAACAGUUAUUUGUCGCAACUAAUUGAGGACAUGUGACACAAUUCAAGUUUUAAUACUGUUAUAGUGAAUUAUCACUACUUGCUCAGGAAUUUUAAUGCAACACUUUUAAUAUGUGUGAUACUCCAAUAGUAUCAUACAUACUGUUUUAUUAGUAUUUUAUGGCAGUUUGUACCACAGUGCAUGAGGUAUCUCUGAGAUAAUGUUAUAAUAAUGUUAUAACUAUCAGCAGCAGGUACAUGCUUUUCACUUCAUAUACACUUAACAACAGUGCAAUUGUAUUGUUGACAAUGUGGUAAAAUACAUUCAUUCCGAUAAUAAAACCAUAUCAGCAUAUUUCAUAAGUUUACAAGCUUCCUUAAGGCUUCCUUAAAUAAAAAUGUAAAAAGUUGUAAUUCUUCCAUCAUCGAUAAUCAACCAUAUAACGUGACAUUUGAUAGACUUCAAGUUUAAAUACAAGAAUUUCAAGUCAGAAAGAAUUGGUUUAAAAUUGUAACAAAUAAGGCACAAUGACAUGAAACUACUUUUUAUAUACAGUAGAACAAAAGUCUUGCACCUUCAGACCGAUUGUAUAAUUUAUUUGACCCUGCCGCGAGUCUUCAGCUGAGCAAGCACUUUGUCUACCUGAAACACAGCAGAAAAAUGAAUUUUAAGAACUUUGGAAACAUUGAGGUUAAAUGGUGUUCAAGUUUGUCGAGGUGUUUCUGAGUUACACACAAAAAAAACCCUUCUAUGUAAAAAAAAAACAAAACAAAAAACAACAUAACACAACACAAAAUAUAUAACAAAGUGCAACUGUUUCUGGUUUUGACAAACUUACUCCAGAUAAUGAAGUGUGACCACAGAAAAUCUCUAGUUUUUGAAGGGAUCAGUUGUUAUUUUUAAGUGGUAAGAUAAAGAUACAUUAAUUUUGAAAUAAUCAAUUGUGUUAAUUGUCAUUAACAAAAUUGAUUAUAACUUCUGCAGCUGUGUGUUUAUCUACAAAAAAAAACUAGAAGCUUUGUAUUUGUGCAGAAAAUAGACCAAACUUAAAAUUAGAUUUAUUUGAUAAAUUUAGCAAACGAAGAAACUUUAAAAGGCAGUGUGAGGAAUUUUGAAUGGUUAAAAAAAAAAAAAAAACAGCCUGAAACCGAUGACGGUUUCUCUUGAUGACCUUCAAAACCAAAAGCACACUACUGCUUUUAUUAAGAAUCAACUUUUUUUUUUACUCAACUCUCCAUAAACACUACAGCCCUGCACUUUGACAUACCGUGAUGAACCAAUGGGACUGAGGCCCAUAGCGGAGCUGGGACUUCAGGGUCAUCUUACUUGCAGGAGCCAAAACAUGGAGAUGAAGGUGGGGGACAGAAGAAAAUGGAGGCAUAUGAAACCCCAUUCUGAAAUUACAGGGUAAAAGUCAUUUAAAAUGACAAAGUAAAGACUAAUGAAGUACAGUAGCAGCAGCAGAGAAAACUGACUCGCUUUACCUCACAUCAUCGAGGCAGCUGGCUUUAUUCUUCUCCAGUGCCUCUUGUCCCAUUUGAACCAUUCUCUCCACUGUUAACAGAAAACAUGCUCUUGUCAGUGCAUCAAUCAUUGUGCUUAUGAUCAGUGGUCGAUCAUUACUGUUUUUAGAUGGCUGAUGCUGAUAAUGAUAUUGAGAGAUGCCUGAUAUUUAAUACCAAUGAUUCUGCAUUUCUUGUUUGUCCUUUUUGGCAGGAUAGAAGUCUAAAAGAUCCAUGUGGCAAUACUUACUGAAAAAAUUAUUUCUUUAUCUGAUUUAUAUAUGAAAAAGACAAAAAUACUAGCUAAAUAUGUCGGUCAAAAUCAAGAAAAAAAAGGAAUGCAUAAACCACUUAUUCCAUAUACAUAGGGCUGGAUAUUGACCAUGUUUUAUAUUGAUAUUGAGGGAAAUUAAUUUUCAAUAUAUAUCGUUAUCGUUUUAUCGCCCAGCCCUACAUAUACAAUAAAAUGUUAUAGGUUAGCUAAGCAAGUACCAUGCUGUGGAUGACUAACAAAGUCCUUAAAAAGACUAAUGUAUUGGGGUUAUGCUAUUUUUUUGCUUUCUGCUUUCAAUUUGAUUAGCUGUUUUUCAACACAUUCUUGUUAUAACGACCUUGUGAUGCCGAUAAGAUGCCGAUUAUUACAAGAUGCCGAUCGUUCAUUGAUCAGCACAGUGGGUCUUUAACAUGUUGUAAAACGGGGCAGUAACUUUUUCUUUAGUAAUGUCAGAGAGCUUUAACUUCAUUUCAUCAUUGAUAAAACUGACUGAAUUGUCCUGACACUGCCAAUCACGUGAACCCCCGCCCCAAUAAUCGAUCAAAAAACUGCUGAGUCACUUUUACACAGUGAAGUGAAAACAAAUGCCAAUGUUUCCUGAGUGUGUGGAAAAGCUUCGUGGUUCAGUUCAAGUCCCUCACCUAGAGGUAUGUCGUCCGUCCUGAGAGCUUUACAGUAGUCGAUGUGUGUCCUGGGAAUAACGAGGUAAUGGUGUGUGGCGCCGGGCUGAAUGUCGCGAAAACAGAGCAGCUCGUCAUCCUGGGAAGAAAAGAAAGAAAACAAAAAAACAGAUGAGAGGAAGAACCAGGAGUUUUCAGGUGAUGGAGCUUCGGUACCGUCGGUUCUUACGCUGAGCAGGACUUCCGUGUCUGCCUUGGCAUUGACUAUUUCACAAAAAGGACAGUCUUCACUCCCAGAGGUGUCCUGAGUCCCCAUCGUUCUUGAGUCGGUUAUUAUCCAGAGUGGGCUCUCCAGAGUCAGAUUGAGUCGGACAGUCGAUCAUGUUUGGGCGUGUUGCGGAUAGAAGUCAGGAUAACCAGCCGCUGGCAGAGUUAAUCGAGUGAGUCAUUCAUAGGCUUUACGUUUAUGUCAGUUGUAGAGUCAUUCAGCAGGGUUGUGUCAGUUCAAUCCUUAGAUCACCGAAGCCCAAAUAAGGAUAGAAAGCAGACUGGAUGCACAGGGACGAUUCUGUUUAACUCUCAACACCGAACAAGGUCAGAAAGGUCUGCUGUUUUAAGAUUAUAAUUCAUCUUGACUGUGACAUCCACAAAUGUCAGACAAAGAUUACAGCUCUACAACACGUCAGAGAAACAGCUUUUAUUUCCUUUUCAUCAAGUUCGAAAAAGAUCAAGAUAGAGAUAGGUUUAGGAUUCUGCCAGCAGAGGGCGCCAAAACCGAAAGACCCUGGUAACAACUCAAUAUUUUCAAACUAUCUUUUCAGAGCUAAAAAUGCAAGGUAAAAAAAAUCCUUAUACGAAAGAAAUAUUGUAAAAAAUAAAUAAGUAAAUAAAUAAAAUAAUAAUAAUAACAAAUAAAAAAUAAUAGAUAAAAAGGGGGAGAUUAUAGCUACAUGUUUUUUUUUACACAUACACCAUGUUCCAAUUUAUUAUGCAAAUGAUAUUUUCUCAGAUUUUCAAUGUUAUUGAACAAGAGGCAGGAGGAUCCUACACCUUGAUGUUCACAGGACUCCAGAGGCACCGGCAGCUUUAAAUAUCUGUUUGCUGCUUUGUAAUGGCAUUUUAGCAGCUGUUCUCUUAAUCCAAUGUAUUUGUCUGGCAGAAGACUUCCUCAUUGUGCCUUUUUUCUGCACAAACCUGUGUGUUCUCUGAAUCAGCCACAAAUCUCUUAACAAUACAAUGAUCACAUAUAAGUUUUCUUGAAAUACCCAAGGUUUUCGUACCUUGUGCAAGGUAUGAAACUAUUUCACGCUUUUCAGCAGCAAAGAGAUUCUUUUUCUUUUCCAUAUUGCUUGAAAAUGGUGGUCUGCUUAUUAAUGUCUUUUCCCUUUUUUCUUUUAUCGCUUUUACCUCUAUCUUAUUUCAACUUUCUAUCCUUUUAGCCUUUGUUUUACUUAUAAUCUUUUCGUAUUUUACCUUUUAGGCCUUUCUAUUGAUUUUAUUGUUUUUUCCUGCUCAUUUUUAUUAUUCUAUUUUAUCAUUAAUAUUACCAUCAUUGUUAUUUUAUUAUGAUUUUGUUAUCAUUAUUAAUAUCCUCUUAUAUUUACUCUCCUGUUUCCUGCCCCCCUUUUCUAUUUUAUUUCUUCUUCUUACCUAUUUUAUGGUUUUUAUUUUGGUCCUCAUGGUCUCAUUUUAUGUUGUAGGGUUCUUCUAUUGUCUGGGUUUCUUAUAAAAAUUAAAUUGGCCUUCAAUUCAGAGGCCUUGUUUUAAACUGAGGUUUUGAUUUUAUAUGUUUUUAUUUUCAUGUGUUGAUGUUCUGUGCUUUGCAACUGUUGUCAAAGCACUUUGUAAACUUCUGUUUUUAAAAGUGCUAUAAAAAUAAAGUUAUUAUUAUUGUUAUUAGGCUACUGUUAAUGUGGAACAUCUUUCUUUAGUAGUUUUUCCCUUAACUGGGCUCUCCUGGCAAACUAAAAAUCACAGGUGUCUGAGGCUGAUUUCAGUGAUCCAAAGAGCCCUGAGACACAACAGCAUCCAAGAGUUUAAUUAAAAAGCAAAAAAUUGAAUCUUUACGGCACAAAAACCACAUAAUUCAGUCUGAACAAAAUAAUUUAAUCAUGAUAAAUUUCAUAUUUUGUUUAUACAUUCAUGCUUUCUGUUAUGGCCCUGGCCUGGGGGAACCAGGGCCACACACAACAGUGCCCCGCUCUUCCCACUCCCAAGAAAACCAGCCAACUUCAAGGUCAAAGAUCACAGAGUGGCAGUUUUAUAAGCUUCAGAGGUGAGCAGUGCCAUAACAACACACAAAACAGGUCCCUAACUUCCCUGUAAUAAAAUAAAUGUAAAACAACAGUCAGUGGGUAACGUUACUCCUAACCAAAAACAGGAGGAAACAGGACAGAAAAACAAAUGGCUUCUCCCUCCUACGACUGCCACUAAAUCCCAAAUGCACAAACUAUAACCAGCAAAAAAAAGCAUGCUGGUUAGUUGGAAAUGACAAGAGCAAGGGGCAGAGGUUGGCAUCGGGUGAUGGUUACAGGAAACAAUUGGCAGCACGCACACACACACACACACCUGCAGCUCAUCUCCCACACACACACACACACAGACACUGAUUGCCAUUGCGGAGGAGGGGAGGAGAGAGAGAGAGAGAGAGAGAGAGAGAGAGAGAGCUGUCAGUACAGAAGUCAAACAAUCAAAACACAGAUAUGACCACAGCCAUAACAUUUCAAAUACAUACAGUUCAAUAUUGUAUGUGCGUAUAAUAAAAUUCAGUGCCUGUACACAACAUUACUCCACGCCAAAGUCACACUUCAUGUAGACGGAGUGUUAAGUCAGUUCUCUGAAGUGAUUUGUCAGUUGUGGCUUUCCCUUUGACAGCAGGGAAAUGUAGCUGUUUUACAUGUGUCUUUAAAAACUUAGUGUCCAGAUACAUAUUUCAAUUCUCUUAUCUUUUGACAUCAAAGUAAUGAAGCUGCAGCUUUGUUUACUCCACUCUUCCCUCUCUGUGUGGCUUCCUCUGCUUCAGGUUUCUCUGACAGGUUUGCUUCUUCUCUUCUUUUAAAGUCUGGGACUUCCUCUUCGCGUUGCUUGCUCAAACAGGAAAAACAGCUUUCUAGGCCUCUUACUGGUGGAGCUACUUUUUUAAGACACUUGGUAAGAUAUUCAUCCUGUGAAGAAACUAAUGGUUAUUUAAAAAGGACGUCAUAAUUAUGAUAAAUAUCCCAUGAAAGAGGUAAUUUUCAAAACUCACAGUGAGAAACCUGUAGGUCCCUUGGAUGAACUUAUAGUGAUGAUACUCUGAGAUUUGGCUGGCGGGAGCAAGCACAUGAAGAUGGAGGUGAUCGAUUGACGUGUAUGGAGGUUGGUGGAACCCCAGCCUAUGGAGGAAAAACAGUUAGUAAAAUAUCAUUCAUCCUGACACACUUGUUGGAUACAUUGGAUUGUUCUAUCGGUGUAUUAAACUGUGUAACAAAUACAUGUUUUUAUGUAACAGUGUUUAGGCAGUGGAAGCACCUGCAUUCUCAGGACAGAAGAGGGGGAACCAUUGUAUUUUUUAUUUUGACUUUCUUUUUUAAAUUUCUAACCUAAAAAUUGCCAAGAGCAUUAUAUUUCUAGUGAAUAUUAUAGGCCUGUCACGAUAACAAAUUUUGCUGGACUAUAAUUGUGCUACAAAUUAUUGCCGAUAAACGAUAUUAUUGACACCGUUUUUUAAAUUAUAGAAAAUGAUAAUAUAUGGCAUAAUAAUGCGAGUACACCAUGUCAAAAGUGAUAAACUUUAAUUUCCGCUGUCUGUCAGCGCGCACCAUUUUGCACUGUUUUGUUUAUAUUUGCUUUGCUUACCAAACGCUUGAGUAAGCGGUACCUGUCGGGACGAUGGCUCCGCAGCACCUCCGGCGGUACUUUUUUUGCUCAGUUGGGAAAAAUGGAAGGGAUGAUUGUGCUUGAGGUGCGCAUGCAUGUUCGUCAUAUUCCCCUUCUUUGUCACCACAAUUUUGGAACAAAUACGACGUAUCGGCUCGUCCGUAUUUGUGGGCUCACCUCUUUCAUUUGGUUUAAAGCCGAAAUAUUCCCACACUUGGGCUGUUGCGUUCGGUUUAGACACCAAAGCUGUCGUGUUCAUUCUGUUUGCUUGCUUUUCACUCACGACGCUCACUUGCAGCACUGUAUCCAAAGGUCUGUCUGUGUGCCUGUGCGCGCCUACGUGUGCCUGUGCGCGCCCCCCACCCCCCGUGACAAAGAUACUGAAUGACUGACAGGAGGGUUCACUAACUCCGUUCAUUCCGCUAUAGAGCCAACGCCCCCAGGUGCCGAGAGCAAUGCGCAGAGUGAGACCUCUUCUCUCAUCCAGCGUGUUUGGUAGCGAGAGAGGAGGAAAACAAACGCACGUUAAUUAUCGAGGCUGGCAAAGUUAUCGACCUCGUUUUUAUUUACCAAGCGAUAAGGCGAUUUAUUGAUUAUCGCGACAGGCCUAGAAUAUUAUAAUAAUAUAUAAAUACAGUUCGUUGCUACAUCUGUAAGUGCAAGUUUAAACUCUACUAUGCAAAGCGAAAGCCAUUUAUCAACAACAUCCAGAAAGCCACAUUCUGCGAGUGUUAUAACAGCGUGGCUUCGUAGUAAAAGAGUGUGGGUAUUCGACUGGCCUGCCUGCAGUCCAGACCUGUCUCCAUUGAAAAUAUGUGGCACAUUAUAAAGCGUAAAAUCUGACAACGGAGACCCCGGACUGUUGAACAACUGAAGCUGUACAUCAAGCAAGAAUGGGCAAGAAUUCCACCUUCAAAUCUUCAACAAUUAGUCUCCUCAGUUCCCAAACGUUUAUUGAGUGUUGUUAAAAGGAAAGGUGAUGUAACACAGAGGUAAACAUGCCCCUGUCCCAACUACUUGGUCACGUGUUGCAGCCAUGAAAUUCUGAGUUAAUUAUUAUUUGCAAAAAAAAAAAUAAAGUUUAUGAGUUUGAACAUUAAAUAUCUUGUCUUUAUAGUGUAUUUAAUUGAAUAUAGGUUGAAAAGGAUUUGCAAAUCAUUGUAUUCGGUUUUAAAUACGUUUAUCACAAUUUCCCAACUUCAAUGGAAUUAGGAUUUGUAUGAUUAUUAUUAUAAUACACAAUAUCAAUAUCAUGUUUACUUCAGAACACAGAAUACUAAAUUGUGUCACACGAGUCAGGUCAUCAAUAUAUAUUGCGGCAUCAAUAUUUCGUUCUACUCCUC